CGCUGAGAUAGUUCUCAGACUACAGCAGCAGCACGCUGAUGUGCUUCAGUAGUAAGGUAAAGGGAAUCGGUUUGCAUCUUCUACAAGCAUUUUAGAACUCAUGCGUGACAUCCAAAGUAAGACAAGAAGAGAAAUCUUUUACCCCGGCUCAUCUAUUUAAUGCGGCUUGUUACUGGAGACAGCCGGCGUGGAUAUUCCAACUGGAACACUGCGAGGAUUGAGUCUCUUUUACGAUACGUGCGCAUCUCCGUGGGUUUUGUCCCAUAACAAGUUUCCUCCGCCAAAAGGAGCACAGCUUGAAUAUCCCAGGACACCAGGCACCGGUAAGUGUCCCCCAUGCACAGGACAGACUUUAAUGGAAAGAUAAUCACAUUUUUUUUUUAUUUAAAUGAAAUGACCGUUUGUAAUGCAGAAGCCAAUGCAGUUGAUGUGAAUAUUAUUUGGCUUGUUGAUUUAGAUUAAUGCCGUAUUAAUCUAAAUUUUGUAUUGACUUUAUUUUAUAUUAAAAUCCAUCUACAACAAAUAAGACAGAAACGGACAUUACUGGAGAAUGCAACUUACUUAAGCAGUGUCUUUAGGAGUGAUGUUUGCAUAUAUUCAACUUUUCCUUCUGUUACUCUCUGAUAUUAUUCUCCUGCUAUUAUAGCGAUUUAUUCAUAUUAUGUUUAGAUAAAUAGAAACAGAUAUAGUACAUAGAUAUUGAAAGAGAGAGAGAAAGAGAGAGAUGACAUUACUGACAAAUAAAACAAACAGCUUUCUUUGCUGUAAAUAUUAUGUUCAUGUGGCUUUUUCUCAUUUGCAUCCAUCAUAUUUGUACCUUAGGCACACAGGCAUCAGGUUACUAAACAUGAGUGUCCCAGUUCAUCGUUAUUUCCUUCUAUCUAUCUAUCUAUCUAUUAUCUAUCUAUCUCUAUCUAUUAUCUAUCUAUUUUACUAUCUAUCUAUCUAUCUAUAUCUAUCUAUCUAUUUUACUAUCUAUCUAUCUAUCUAUCUAUUAUCUAUCUAUCUCUAUCUAUCUAUCUAUAUCUAUCUAUCUAUUUUGCUAUCUAUCUAUCUAUCUAUGUGUCUGUCUGUCUAUCUAUCUAUAUAUCUAUCUAUCUGUCUGUCUAUAUGUCUGUCUGUCUGUCUAUCUAUCUAUAUAUUUAUCUAUCUAUCUAUCUAUCUGUCUGUCUGUCUGUCUAUCUAUAUAUCUCUAUCUUUCUAUCUAUCUAUCUAUCUAUCUAUCUCUAUCUAUCUAUCUUUAUAUCUAUUUUACUAUUAUCUAUCUAUCUGUCUGUCUAUCCAUCCAUCCAUCUAAUCAUCUGUCCGCUUUUCUGUCUGUCUCCUCAUAAUUUCUCAUUUUAUGUCUUCUUUUUUUAUUUAUGCACGUUCUUGUAAACUACUAAAUUAUGUUUGAUUAUUGUUUUUAGAGAGCACUUCUAAAAUAUUGCUUUUUAUAUGCAUUAUGCAUUCCUUACCGUGCAAGUUUAAGUUAAUUUUUGUACUGCUAAAGUCAGUAAGUAAUAAUGUGUGUCACCCUAUUUACAAGGUAUAUUUACACAAAACAGGUAUUAAAUCUGUGCAGCUCAGUAAUGCUAGCACACUAUUGGUCUACAGUCAAAAAAGAUAUUGCCAGUGCGACAUAUUAUUAUUAUUAUUUAUAUAGCGCCAGCAAAUUCCGUAGCGCUGUACAAUGGGUGGACUAACAGACACGUAAUUGUAACCAGACAAAUGGAGCUUACAUGUUAGAGGGAGUAGGGUAUAGGGACACAAAGGGUAUAAGCAAGGGUAAUGAAAUAGGUUGAUAGAAAAGUAUUCACUGAGAACUUAGAAGGUUAUUUUUUACAGUAGCAGAAGAAGAGUCAUGGAGUGGAGGGGGGGGGGAUAUAAUCCCGCUAACAGUUUAAAUGAUAAAUCAUAUGAAACAAUACAUUUAUUUGAGCGCAACUUAAUUACUGGUAAGAGUGCGAAAGACAUUCAAAUGUCAUUUUUUUUGUGGGGAGGGGAUUUUUAUCAUAUGUUCAGAGUAUAAUAGAGGAUAUGUUAUUAAAAAAAUAAGCAAACCACAAUGGGAUUUAUUCGCUAAACAGGAUUAGGGAAAAUCAACAAUAGGUGUCUUUGAAAAAUGUUCCAACUUUCACCUCGGAUGCUUAAAAUUGGAAAUUCCCUUGUUAGUGUCCAGUUAAGUAAAUAAACCCUAUUUUAAAAGUAUCCAUACUUUUUACUGCAUGUUAAAUACUGCUGUGUGCUAGGUGAAGGUUAUCCCUGGCAUUCAAAUAAUUAAGACAAAAAAAAAACGUACGGGCAAUAGUUCACAUUUCCAUCAGAGUGACAAGGACGUAGGCGCAUUUUCCGACUAGUGGACAAAACUUAUAUCUAGGACGAGUUCUCUAAAACCGCAUAAUAUUGUAGCAUGUGAGAAAGAAUGCAUAGCAUCAUCCCUGCGUAAUAUUAUGUAAUAAUACACAAUGGCAUUUACCAUUAAACAAGAAUUAGCGAUGAAUUGACAAGAACAUUGCAACAUUUAAGGCCUAAAAAUAAGAUAAAUUGGAAAAAUUCUUCAACAUAUAUAUUUUUUUAUAACUCGUUUGGUUUUCAGUUAGUGUUUGUAGUACAUUGAUUAAAAUAGAGAGAAAAAAAGUUUUGUUUUUGAGUUUGCAUUUUCAACCUAUAAGAUUUUUCUUUAUUUUGUGAGAAUUUCCUUCUUUACAUAUUUUGCACAUUGCUACGGAUGUGUCCUCCCGAUUGCAUUUGCUGGAGAUGCACCCUAUCAUAGUUAUUCACUAAAGUGAGAACUUAAGGUCACAAUAGUCGAACUGAAAGCAUUCUCCUACAGUUAUUCUGUAAGUUUGGCUACUUUGGCCUUAAAUUUGAAAUUGGCCUGGAAUUCGCAAUUUAGUAUACACCUGUUUGUUUCUCACACAAAUUAUUGCAGCGUUACAAUUUAAUUAGGUAGGAACCCAGAGUACCGGAUGUACCUUACCUAUACUUUUUUUUUAAGUUAGGGUUAAACCCGAGCUGGUGAAAAAUGAACAAACAAGCAUAUAAAAAAAUAACUCAGAUUGGACAAAAUAUAAUAUAGUUUGCACAAUGAGAUUUCUGCAAUUCAGCUAUUUCGGACUACAUUUCCAAAUAAGUAUUUAGUAAUUGACCCUGAUAUAAUCUGAUGAAUAGUAAAGGAUAUCAGGAUAACAAAAUAGCAUUGCAAGAUCAUCAUUUGUUAAAAGGAGCAAAAAGGUUUCAUCAAGAUCAGAUUGUCAUCUUUAACUAUAGUAGAAGUAACCAAAACCUUAUAUCAAGGUUUAAGCAUUUAAUAUUAAGAAGGUACAUUUAUCUAUCAAUAGUUAUUCAUGAGUUUAUAUGUUACUAUUACUAACUUAAAGAGGCACUAUAGUAUUAGGAAUAUAAACACUUACUCCAAAUGCAUUAUUGCCCUAUUACCUAUUUAGAUUAUUGUCUUUUCCGCAUGCCUGUGUGAAGGAAAAAUAGCAGAUUUACUUACCUUUCUUCCUGCAGUGCUUUGGUCUCACCAUGGUCAUUCCAUCACACUGGCCGAGAUUAUCAAUCUUGAUGAUCUCAGCCAAUUCGAUGAUUUUUCCAAUGCUUUACCAAUCAGCAUCUCCUCAUAGAGAUACAUCGAUUAAUGCAUCUCGAAGGGAGCAUUGUGCAUCUCCAUACAGCAUACAGGCCAUCGAGACACAGAGCAUGACCUAGUCCAGGUAGUCCUUCUACUGGCUGUCCGAGUGACAGCCACUAGAGGUGGAUUUAGGCAGCAGUGCAAACACUGCCUUUUCCUUGAAAAGGAGGCAUUUUCAGUGUUCACCUUCCAGUGACAGACUAUAUGCCGCAGAACCACUACAUUUAAUGGUACUCCUUCUAUUGACCUCAGAAGGAUGAUUGGCUAUUGGCCUACCAGGAAUCAAACGUGCACAACUCUUAAAUACAGUAGAUAGAACCCUGUCUACAGAGUUACCUAACUGAAAUUGUUACAGCAGGUGUUUAUUCCAAAAUGACAGAUUAGGAGUCCAAUGAUUAGACUCCCGUACAAAUUCUAAAAAAGGGAAAAUAAUCAUUUUUAUUAUUUAAUCUACUGUUAUCCUUUAAUAUAAUUCUGAAUGAAUAAUGGAUGUUCUUACCUGCCAAAUGUAACCUAAUCAGGUUUGAAUUAUGACUUAAUGAUUAGAUUUUCAUAAUUAUUUGUUUCUUCAAUUAAAUUAAAAUCUUAUCUUCAUAAAUUUGGAAUGUACAGUUUUUGCACUAAGCAAAACUAAAUUGCAAAAGUAAGACCACAAUUCCUGUAAUAUUAUAACGAAUCUUGCAAGAUUGUUGCAACAUUUAUAGAUAUAAUUACACAUAUUAAAAGCUUCUCUGUAUUUUAUUUUUGACCAUGUUUGGCACAAGGUAGCAUGCUGACGUAAUAUUAUAUACGGUAGUUCACUAGGUUGGUACAUACAGAGUUAUGCAAAGUCACUCAGAGUUAUUCGCUAAACUAUGAUUUGUUGGUAAUUCACCACAUAGUUUGCAAAUUAGCCUACCUGAUAACAAACUUCAAAUUCAGCUAUAUUGUCCUCUAAUUUGCAAUUUCAUGUCAUAGGUGCUGCUUCGUGAGUAUAGUAUGACAUAGACAUCAGAAAAAAUGGGCAGAGUGUGAUAUUUGCUUUUUUCCUCCCACUGGUUCUUUAGAUAACCCAUUAACCACAACAUUAGUGCAAUAUUUUCUCUGAAUGAUUGCAGUUCUUGGAUUACCAUCCUUCCUCAAAAUGAUGGGGGUUUUUUUCUUUCAAAUUAGAAUUUAACCUUUCCUAUGUCAUCAUACUCUGUGUGCAUUGUAAUGAUCUGUGUCCAGCCAUUUUGUAGGAAAACAAAAUUAUACUCAAAUGACAGAAGCAGACCUCUACUUGCCUAUAAACCAGUCUGUUUCUCUAAUGCUAGCUGAGUCCCUACAUAUCAAGAUCUGUUAGUAAAAUAUCCUGCGAUCUUUAUCAACGAAAGUAAAACCACUGAAGGUUUAUUUCAUAAAUGAAAAUAAUGUCUAACAGAGCAGCUGUCUUCUUGCAAGAGUUGUGUAAACAAAUUGUACAGAACAGAUAUUUCUGAUAACCAGGGUACAAGAUGUGCAAAGUGUUGUCAUUUAUAAUAAUGCAACCUAAAUAUAUCUAAUAUAAUCUAGUAGCUAGUAUGACAUCUAGAGUAAUAUGGAGUGAUAAUAAAUGUUGAGACACUGCAACCCAUGUAACUUUUCCAAAAGUGUGACAGCUAACUCGUGUCUUGAUGUUUAGACAGCUGAAACACCUUUUCUUUGUAAUGCCGCAUCAACAUAUUUCAGAAUUAUUUGUUCUACAAAACAGAAACAGAGAUUAUUUCUCGCAAUACUUAGUCCAUUUCUAUAGAAGGGCUUUUAUACAGUAAUCAAGGGCUUUUGCAAUCAAUUUGUACAUUUUUAAAACAGAAUUGUCACGUCAUAGAAUUUAUAAAAUUUUGUUAACUUAAAGGGAUACUAUAGGGCUAGCAAUACAAAUCAAAAAUAUUCCUAGUACUAUAUUCCACCUGGUCCCACCCUUCCUUUCCUCUCCCAGUCAUGUAAGGAUUACCCGAUUCUAGCGCCAAUCUCCCUCGGCGCUGUGUCGGAGCUCUGCCUCCUUCUAUGCCACCCAAUUAGGGGGGCACGCUAACGCAUGCACAGCAUUACAGCAUGUGCAUUAGACCCUCUCUAUAGGAAAGCAUUGCUGCAAUGCUUUAUAUGGGGAUUUAACUGAUGCUGGAUAACCUAAUGCAGAGCGUGAGGUAUCCAGAGUCAGUAAGUCAGUCAAACGUUGCCUAGCAAGCAGGAAGUGCCCCUAGUGGCUGUCUGACUGAUUAUUCCUGCAAUAUAAUCAUUGCAGUUUCUCAGAAAGUGCAAUAAUUAACAUUUCAGGGUUAAGGGGACAGGGUCACUGCACCCAGACCACUUCAAUGAAUACUCUAAGGGUGACUGCAGAGUUGCAUUUAGCAUUUUUUAGUACUCUAAACACAGUGGUCUAUAUUAAACAAACUGUGAAAUCAUGAGAUGAUACAUAUGAUUUUUAAUGGUAUCUUUUGGAGCUGUUCAUGUGUUCCAGUAAAACUUUCCAAGCUCUGCAUUUGGUAAAAAAUGCCUCAAUUAUAAUUACUGUAAAGUCUAUCCUGCAAAAAAAGAAUAAUGAAAUUUAAAAAUCAAUCUAGAUUAUAGAUACAGAUGUAUUUUAUUGAAAGUAGGGUAUAGAAAGGGCUUGGAUCUCCAGAAAUCCUACUAACCAGUAGGAAACCAGAAGAGAACUUCCCUGUUCCCACCUGUGAAUUAUGGCAUGGGUCAGUAAUAAUAAGAUGGGUAGCUGGAUGGUUAUUGAAGCAUGGGAGUCAAUAAAACUGCAGAGAUCUUGUGGACCAAAUGUUUAUAGGAAUGAGAAAAGUACUUCCUCUCAUCUUUUGCGCUUGCAGGGUUUGCCAGUUUCCCCAGACCUUCCGUACCAUUUGUCUGGUUAGAUAUGGGUGGUAAAUUUUUGGACUAGAGCACCCUUCGGCACUGUAUAUGUUGUGGACUACAUCUCCGCUGAUGCUUUGCCAGCAUUGUAGCUGUAAGAGCACCAUGGGAAAUGUAGUCCACCACAUCUGGAGUGCCUACCCAAGGACUAACCUGUUGCUGUUAAUGAUUAAUUGCUGGUGAGUGAUCAGCUCUUUGUGGUGGUACAGUGCCCAAAAAUAAUUUCUAGUGACUCCGUGUGAUUGGCUGGAAUGUGCAAUAGCGUUCAGCAUACAUAUUUUUACUUUCUUAUAAGAGUUUGAAGGUGCGUUAUAUGAAUAAACAAAUCGCCAUAUUUACUGCUCACAGAACAAACACAUUGAGUAUGCAGUCUUUUGUCAGACUUUCAGGGGUAUAAGAAAAUAUUACAGUGAAAAUUAUUUCACCAAUAUCUUGGAUUAGUUUUGAGCAUACGAUCAAAUGACUAUUGUGAGAAGAUUGGGGCAGAGAAAAAUUAAUUAAAAAACACUCCCUUAAUAAACUAGUAGUUUAUUGUGCAAGUUUGAUGUUUUACUCACUAGGUAGUCAGUCACUAAAUUAAGAGUUAUGGUGAGUAAAACUGAGUAAAACAACCAAAUUUCCCAACUCUGCUAUUUUUGGCCUCGAUUUUGUAACUCACAACUCGCUGUUUAGUAAAUAAAUCUUUAAAUGACUGUCUGGAAAACAAUACAAAGCUUAAACGACACUAAAUGUUCCUUUCUAAUCACUCUGUAUCCAUUUUCUGAAUGAUACGUAGGCUGUGAGGAGUGGUAAAAUUCAGAUAAUCCGGAUGUGAAUAAGUGAAAUAAUUAAUAUGUCUAUAUUUAUCAGUUACCCACAAUGCAGUGGAUUCUACAAGUGAAUCAUGAAAGCUAUUUGCUGGCUUGAAUUUAGUAAGCAAAAAGGAGUUUCUUCAUUAUUUUUUAUUCCUUUCAGAGGCACUCAUAAUCCGAUGGAUGCUAAUAGAAGUCUCAUAUAAUUUGAUCUAAUGGAAUCGGAUAAGGGCGAAUAUUCUCCCCUGGAUAAAGAGAUGGUGAACUCUCAGUCCGGUAAGUCAAAGUUCCAUUAAGAAUGUUCUAUAAUGUUCCAAAAACACAAUUUUUCUGAAUAUGUCUUUAAAUAAUGUAUUUGACUUUACAGAGAACAGAUGUACAAUGGGUUACCCAUUUAUAAGUGAUCAAACCACUUGUUUUCCUAUUAUACACAUUUUAGUGUUGUAAACACUUAGGUGUCAGAGUCUGGUCUUCAAGAAUGGGGAGCAGCAGACUAAGGCAGCUAAGGCUAGAUUGAUUAUCCCUGUCCCCUCUAAGAAUCCAUUGCUACUACAAAGGGAAGCCACCGAGACAUAAGGACAUAUUUCAGUUCCUUUAAGCUACAACCUAGGGUACCGGAGAGCAGAUCAAUCAGUUUUCCAAUCUAGAGCAGAUUAAACAUUGUAUGCUGACUUAACAUUACAUAAAUAUCAAAAGACAGGAUCAGCAAGGUUUAUCAGUGAGUGAAUAACAUGAUUUAUUACCUGCAAAAAUCCAGUUCUGAAUUCCAAAUGUGAAUUACUGUGCCUAAAAGGGAAAACGAUUCUGCACAUUUUAUAUAUAUAUAUAUCAUACUGAGAGGAGGUUAACAUGUGUGCUAAUCAUAUUAAGAGAUUUUGGUCUUUUUGGAUAUAGGAUAGCUAACAUUUUUUCUGGUUUCACGUAAUGGGAUUCACCUUGCUAAUUCUCCAUUUAUAACAGGAUUCCCUUGUUUGCAUUGCAAGCCAUGUGACUGUGAGCUAACAUACAACAUAGUCUCUAUUGUUCCCAGACUUAGCAAAAGCACAAAACAGACAGAGGGGUCUGUUGAAUUACCUGUUAGAUCAAUUGACUUUACAAUACAUCACCCGAAAAAAAAUAUUGUAAUAUUGAGCAAUUAGGUAGUUGAGGUUCUAGCAGUGAUGGCUAAAUUUGAAACUAUGAAGAGUUUUAUCUACAUUUCCCCUGAUGAUACCCAAAAUUCAUUAUUGGCAAUAUAGACCAGAGUGCAAUUAUCUAAAAGAAACACAAUGAUUACUCCUUAUAUGUGAGGUUUCUAUAUCCACCAUAUUUUCAGGGACACAUAUCAUGUAUACAUAUUGAUGGGCAGUACAUGAAAAGGGUUGCCCUGUAGUAAGUAUAUUUCAGAAGAAGGUGUAUAAGAUGAAGUAAUUAGGCUAUGAAGAAUCCCUCAGAAUAUGCAUUAUACAUACUGUGGGGCAACCUUUUUCAUCCAUUUUCAUAAAUAUGAAGAAAUUAUGUGUCCUGGAAAACAUGAUGGAUCUGCUAAACCUACAUGGAUAUAUACACAAAUAAAAAGCUGCACAUCCAGGAGUGGAAACAUCACCAACACAUACCACAGCUUCUUCCAACACAUUUCGUCCUAAGGACUAGCUUGGAAAUAAAUAGCAGAAUCGCCAUCAAAGCAAACAAAUGUAUAUGAUGUACAAAUGUAAAUAAAAGCAACGUGUUUGAUAUGACAUUGGUGUGCACAGAAAUUAGUUGAAACAUGGUUGCACAGUAGACAAGGUGGACAGACAUUUGGUGCCAUCAAAUUAGAUGUUUUAGCAUCAAUCUCAAUACAAUUUGGAAAGCUGGCCACCGUUAACAAUGGGGCAAACAAAUAAAGAUGUUAGUUUAUUAAAGCAAUAAUACAAGUGUAAUAAAUCAUGCAGAUCAAACACUUGACGUUUGUGGUAUCACACGACACCACCUAUAGCCACUCCUGCAGUCAUCCGUAGGGACUGUCCCUCGAGGCAGUCAUCAUGUUCUAAACAGACAACUCAUGGAUCUGAAUCGAGCUGAUUUGCCAAACCCAACAUUAGGCAUACAGCUCAUACCCUAGGGGCAAGCCAGAUUUGUAUCAUGUUAUAGUCUGUUUAAUUGUAUCUAGAUUAAGGAUGUGUCUGUAUAAGAUAAUUAAUGUGAUAAAAUAAACUACAUUAUUCUAGGUCAAUAAUAUCUAACCAAUGCCUCCCAAUAUUUUAAAUGGACAAAGGUGCUGUUUUGAGAAAUGUUUUGUGGCUUACUAAUAACUAUUUAUGCAAAUAAAAUUUAACAAUAUGAAGCUCUUACAAAUAAGGGAUAUUAGAAUAGGAAAGGAGGGCAGAGGGAUUCAGGACCAAAAUAGAGACUGUCUCUUCUUUACCCAUCUGCUCACAACAACAUAUACAGGGGUUUUCACUAAAAGUGAGAAUUGUCAAAAAUUCUAACUGAAUUUAAAAGUUUAGCCCAAAAUAGCUGAAAUGGUAGCAUAUCUGACUUGGGGAAUUUCUCAAUUUCAACUAUUUUAAAAUUCACUUUAAAUUCACUUCAAUCCCCCAACAAUUCUUGCUUUAGUAAAUAACCCUGAUAGUUUAGUGAGUAAACCUCAGAAAUAAAUAUUUAAUGCAUGAUAGGUAUUUUGCAAAAUAAAUGUUACGCAUGUAUUAAGCCAGAGCUAGAUGCAAUAGUUUAAAAAAAAAACAACAAUCUUUACAUCUAUAGAAUGAGAUCUAAUGGUCAGGUUUCAGCUUGUACAAUCUCUGGAAUUUGGUUAGAAGAAAUAUUACAUUCUGCCCAUACACUUCUGUCUUCCUGGGACCAUUCAUUGGGGACACAUGAGAAAGUGAUAUUAUAUGAAAUAGUAAUUCUGUAUUCCAUAGUGCUUUAUUGACAUACAGACAUAUCAUUAUGUUGCAUAAUUUGUGAAAUAGAAAUUUAAAUCGAUGACAGCUAAGUUCUGAAUUCGAAAAUUAUUUUAGAAAUUUCAGAAAUGUUCAAACAUUAAUAUUACCUAAAUUAAAAUAUGUAAAGGUCAAAGUUCAUUUUCACUUGUCAAUCAGCUUGUUAUGGGAUUGCCUGUAUUCCUCCAAUACAUAAAGCUCUAACAUGAUCAAAAUUAAUUCAAAACCAAUAAAAACGAAUAACAGAUGCAUAAAGAAUGUGUUGCAAAAACUUGCAAAGUUUGCUUAAUGUGAAACUCUAUGAAUGUAAUGGUUAUUCAAAAAAAGAGAAUUUUGAAGAAGAAUUCACUAAAGAAAAAAAAGAGCCAAAUAAGUUAAUCUUAAAACAAAACUGAGCUGGAGAAGGAUUCAAGUCCUACUAUUUUGGUCUAAAAUCUGCAAUUUCUUGUAUUGCUGAUAAUUCACAGUUUGGUGAAUAACUCGGCGGGGUUUACUUGCUACCAAACUGCAGUGAAUUGAAAAUUGAAUUUCUAAACGUAGGCCAAAAUAGCCAAGUUGUGACUAAAGCAGAAUUGGAGAAUUUUCCCAGUUCAGCAAUUUUUAACAAAAUUUAGCAAUACUGUCUUCAGUUCCCUUUAACCCCUUAAGGACACAUGACAUGUGUGACAUGUCAUGAUUCCCUUUUAUUCCAGAAGUUUGGUUCUUAAGGGGUUAAUUUAGUGUUUAGGGUACAAACCCCUGUGAUAUGAAUAAGACGUUGGUAAAUCCUGUUGUAUUUGUUCACUGCUGAGUCAUACAUAUUAAAUGUACAAACAGAUUUUAUCAUAAACAUACAAUAUUCAAUAAUCGUGGGGUUAAAAAUUUUAAAGAAAGAAAUUAUAUUAACUCUUACAUUCCAAAACCUUGCAUACAUUAUUAUUAUUAUUAUUAUUGCCAUUUAUAUAGCGCCAACAGAUUCCGUAGCGCUUUACAAUAUUAUGAGAGGGGGGAUUUAACUAUAAAUAGGACAAUUACAAGAAAACAUAUAGGAACGAUACGUUGAAAAGGACCCUGCUCAAACGAGUUUACAGUAUAUAGGAGGUGGGGUAUAAAACACAUGGUCAUGAUUACAUUUUGCAUAUUGACUCUGAUCAGUCCUUGAGCCAUGCACGCAUGUCAUUUUUUUUUGGUUCAAAUGGAAUAAUCAUUAUUAUGGUGUUUGAUUAAUUGUGUGUGCAAUAUUUGAUAACCAAUUUGAAGUAUAGGAAGACAAAGGAUAUUAUAUACACUACAUAAUAUUUUGACUCCUACAUUUCUCUGAGAAAUGUCACUAGUAAUACCGUAUAACAAGUAAAUGAAGAAUUAAACUAGAUAUCAAUUUAUAGAAAUAUUUACGUUUCCAUGAACAUCUGUAACAAGUUUGUAAUUUUAUUCCUAAAUGUACAAUCUAGCGGUGGAUAUUAUUCAUUAAAUGUUAUACGUUCUUACGACAGUAAGAAGUUAAAAUUAAGGCCACACUGAAGUUGGCCAAGUAUUCUUUAUGGCCAGUGGUAACCCUACUUGUUGCACAAUUCAAACUUAAUUAAAGGAAAUUUUAUGUAAAAAAAGUGAGGCAUGGAAUUUUAAUGACUUCCAUUUCUCCAUAGUUCUUGAAAUGGUUGUUUAGAUAUCUUAAAAGUUUUAUAAUCAAUGUUCUCAUCAGUAAGGGAAGGCUUACACCACAGAUUUAGUCCAAAUUUAUGAUGCAUAGAAGAGUGCAGAAAUGAUUGCUGGUGAGAAAUGUCAUUUAUUAAAGCAGGAAUUUUGUAACGCCAAGCAACAGAAAUGAAUGCACAGUUAAUUGGGUGCACGUCUGCCAAAUUACUUGACGUCUCCGGCAUGAUAAAGAUCUAUGCCUUAAUCUUUUAUACCUCAUUUAUCAACAGAGCACAUUUCAGCUUCCUGAAAUGGGUCAGCAAAGAAUUAUAUUGGUUCUACUGUGCCAAUGAGUAACCAGCCCCCCAGACUGAGCAUUAAAGGGACACUCUAGGCACCCAAACAACUCCAUCAAAAUUAAGUUGCUAUGUGCCAAGAGGCCUCCAGGGGCACUCAUCUCACUUUCAGGAAGCAAGAAGUGCCGCCUGGCAGAGUCUCUGCUGAUUGGGUGAAAGCAGACAACUGACACUCAGCCAAUCAGUUACUCAGCAUUUGCAAAAGGUACAUUUCUUUCCAAGCAAGUUUUGAACAAAUCAGAUUUUGUUACAAUUAUGAAAAGACAAAAAUUGUCUCUCUGGUUCUGCAAUACUAGUGAACCACUGGAUUCAACAUUCCCACUUUUCCCUCAUUCCCCUUUUGGAAUCCAAGCGUCCCUCUAUCCUUCCCUAAUUUCUAAUUUCAUUCCUGGAAUUCAGAACAUUGGGUGUGCACGUAGAUAUCACAGAACUUCACAGGAAUAACACUAAUAGUAAUAACAGUAAUAGUUAUUUGAACUGUUGUAUGUUAAUGCUAGAGUGGGUAGAUAGAAAUGCUUAGUCUUGUAUUAAAUAAAUUACAGUGAAAAACCAUCAGUCAUGAUGUCGCCUGAGUAUUCAUCUAUUAGUCUUGUCCCAUGCCCCUAUGUCAAGUAACAUGUGCUACUCUUCAGCUUUUGAAAUGUUGUUAGGUAUAUGUAGGGGGUUAUGUAUGAUUUAGCAAUAAAUGCAAAGUUUUAUUUUGCAAAUGACGAGUUAAUCAUCGCAUACAGGCUCGUGAAGUAUUUAUAUUGCAAGCACUGUAACUGAUCUGCAGCCAGGUUCGAAAAAUAAAUUAGGAAAAUAAAAAUAACAGUGCAGUCAGUUACUAUACAUGAUAUGCCGCAUGCUCGUUGCAGACAGUUACUGUAUAUGAUAUGACUAAGAAAUUAUCUAGUUUUUUUUUAAAAAAAUUUGAGAGGCAGGUUAAUUACUUUAGUUAAUCCUCUCAGUAAUUGUUUUAAAAUCCUCUUAGUGACUACUUAGCAUGAGAUAAUCAACUUUCCCUUUUAAUGUCUGUAUGAUUAUUCUUUUAAUUUAAUUGUAUUUAGUGUACCCUUUAUAAAUAUAUGUUUUUGUACCCCCACUGCCAUUAUCGGAAUCACCUAGUAAUCCCACUGGAUUGUAUUGUGACAUAUUUCAAACAUGGGUUCCUCUAGACUAAACAGAAUACAAUACUUAAUGUAUCCCCAAACAAAAAAAAUAUUAAUUUGAACUACAUGCCACAGAAGACAGAUAAUUACAGGGCUUAAUUUUAGGCGAUUCCCAGCAGGUCGGUAGGAGUGACUGAGGAUUGGUCGAUAAUUGAUGUUCUGAACAGGUACAGUAGUCCCUGUGUGGAAUAUCGUAGUGAGAAAUAAAAACAAGGGAAAACUGGGUAUGCAAGACUUUCAUGUGGGUUUAAACCACACCCAAGUAUAAAACAAGCUGCCACAGCCAAAAACAGAAACAAUUAGGGUGGAACAUGGGACACGCCUUUGUAGUAAAGAAAGGAAGAUGGCACACGAUCCCUAAGUGAACUGAAAGUGGAAUAGGCAGUUUAUUUUUUAAAAGAUGGAUCAGGAAGAACUAUGAAACAAUGAAGACCACUCAUCAAAGCCCAACCUUAUGACCAAUCUUCUAUUAGUUUCAUGUAGACAUGUUAGAACAUUGCACGUCAGUCACGAUAUGUAGAAGACACAAAAUCUGGGAUAGGUGGCAAGAGUCAUUUUUUUUCUUCACAGAAACAUUUAUUUAUUUAUUUGCAAAAUAUUUUACCAGGAAGGAUACAAUUAGAUUUUUCUUGUUUUCAAGUAUGGACUGGGGCCACAAACACUGCAUUGUUACAAUAGGGUACAAUAUAAUAUAACAUUUUGCCAUUUAUAACAUUUUGCCAUUUAUUCAGCGAAUUGUGCUGAGUUGACAACAGUCACAAAACUUUAGUCAGUCUGGUCAUGUCAGGAAAAAUCCCAGCACUACUUACUAGUUAAUAAAACUAAAGUCCCUUAAAGGGAUCCUAUAGUGCCAGGAAAACAAACCUGUUUUCCUGGCACUAUAGGCUCCUGGAGUGUCCCCCCUCUCUCGCGCCCCCCCUCCUGCUGGGCUGAAAGGGUUAAAACCCCUUUAGUCACUUACCUGAAUCCAGCGCCGAUGUCUCCACCCACGCUCCUACCCCGCCGACAUCUGCCAGCAGGGGAGACCUAAUGCGCAUGUGCGGCAAUGGCCUUACGCACCUUAUACCUCCCCAUAGGAAAGCAUUAUUCAAUGUUUUCCUAUGGGGAAAAUCUGACGCUGGAGGUCCGUGAGGACCAAAAGUCCGUUAGGAAUCUGGAAGCCCUCUUUUGUCUGUUAGACAGCCGCAGAGGGCAGACUUAGAGCUGCAAUGUAAACAUUGCCGUUCUCUGGAACUGCAAUUUUUACAUUGCAGCACUAAGUGUAAAAUUAGCUGAAGUGGUCUGGGUGCCUACAGUGUCCCUUUAAAUUAAGUUAUUGUCUAUUGGAUAAAAAAACAUUUGUAAAUAGCAAAACUGUUGAAAAGGUUAAAAAUAUAUGGGGACUUUUUUGCACAAAAAUCUUUAGCAGAAAACAUAUAGUUUCUCCACUCUCUGCAUAGAGACACUGAACAGAGCCAGCAGCAGCAGCAGACUGGAGUAAAAGUAAGAUUAUACUAUAUUUAGGGAGGGCAGGGCAAGGGGAACAGGGGGGCUAGAUGGUGUUUUAACACUUUAAGGUCAGGGAUACAUACUUGCGUUCCCGACCAUAUAGUGUCCUUUUAAUUAAGCAGUUUUGUUGUAUAUAUCAUGCUUCUGUAUUCUAACUGCUCAAUUGUCUGCCAUUGUGAAGAUAAACCACUUGUUUAUGCGGCUCUAGGCACACCUCCCUGCACGUGACUUACACAGCCUUCCUAAACACUUCCUGUAAAGAGUCAUCUAAUGUUUACACUUCCUUUAUUGCAAAUUCUGUUUAAUUUAGAAUUUAUUUAUAUCCUGAACUGGUAAUUGCUUGCUAGAUCAUGCAGGAGUCUCCUGUAUGUAAUUAAAGUUCAAUUUUUAAAGAGCAGGAGAUAACUUUUAAAGUAAGUUACAUCUGAUUGAAAAUGAAAGCAUUUGAUUUUUAUGCAGGCUGUGUCAGUCAUAGCCAGGGGAGGUGUGGCUAGAGUUGCAUAAACAGAAUCAAAAGAUUAUUUAACUCCUAAAUGGCAGAAAAUUGAGCCUAGAAACCACAGAGGCAUGAGCUAUACACAGAAACUGCCCUAUUAAGCUAAUGUUGUUUUGGUGUCUAUAGUGUCCAUAUGGCAUAACCGGAAAAUUCUCCAAAUCAGCUGUGCUUCUUGUUUGCCUACUUUAUGCUUAAAUUUGAAAUUAUCUUUCAUUUCCCAAUAAUUCUCACAUUAAUAAAAAAAAAACACACAGCAUAAAAAAAUUUUUAACUCCAGAGUGACACUUAAAAAAAAAAAAAAAGACUGCAGGGACAGGACCAUACAACAUAACUACUUAAGCAAGACAAAGUGAUUAUGGUGCUUAGAGUGACACUUUAAUCAUGUGAAUUCCUUCCUCUAACACAGGAUUGAAUAACAUUGCUCUCCAUCGGUUGCUUUUUUUCUUGCUGAGCAUCAUGGGAGAUGUAGUCCAACAAUAGCUGGUGAACUGAGAACUGAAAAUAUAGAGUAAAAUAGAUAAAAGUUGAAAAAAAUGCAUUUCAGCAGUUAUUCUCAUGUCAUAAUAAAUAAUUUUUCAGUGCAUAUACCCCAUUCUUUUAUCUGAUCCAGAUAUGUGUAUCUAGGUACUGAACAGAGAGAAUACAAUGGCAGACACAUAAAAAGCAACCUUUUUUAUAUUUAUUGCUCACCAGUGAUUCAUUUGACAUUAAUCAUACAUUUUAUUUCAUGACCUAAUUAUUAAAAUGUUCCUGUCUUGGGCGUUACUUUAGAACAUGUAGAGAGAAAGAUAAAAGAGGAACGUGCAAUUUUAAGGGUCAUAAAAGAUAGAAAUAUGUUAUUUAAAAAAAUAAGCAGCUUGUAUACAGUAUUAUAUGUAUGAAUGAUCUAUAACCAGAAUCACAUUAUUCGACCCAGCUAUUCUGAAUUCAGAGGGAUGGUCCAGUUUUGGGCCCCUGCUCUCUCAGUUCAGUUGGGUACUUUAAUGCUUACUACUUAACUAUCCCUAAGUUGGUAGGUUUGUCAUUUCGAAACUGAGAAUAAUGAUCAUCUAUAAAUUGUUUAUGUUAACAAUAAGUAUGCAGUGCUCAAGAUUAUUUCUGAGUUUAGCUCUGAUAGCUGGCAGCUCAAUAAAUACUGGCCCUUGUGCUCCCUAAAUUUAAUUCCACUUUAUGGUUAGGAAUGAUGGUAGGACAUGGGACACGUACCCAGUCUCAGUUCACGCUCUGAGAGUGGCAUUGAUUUCUAACACUUGUUGCGAUUAUAGGUUAGCCCCACGUAGCUGUUAUCCAUGCAUCCAGACUUCUAUAUUUAGGGGCCUAUAAAGAAAAUUUCAGAUGUGGCACACACAUUCCAAAGUGAGCCAUUGCCAUGUACAAACAUGUAGAUAAGUGAAGUGGUAUGUGAGAGUUUGGUGAAAAUUAAGGUUAUUUGCUUAAAGUUGAUAUAAAUUCACAGCAGCCAAAGACAACACUAUAUGGCUUUUUAAUAUCAUGCAUCUGUCUCGCCUUCAUAAGAGGCAGAUGCUAAUACUGUCCAUGGAUGCUGAGAAAGUUUAUACCGGGUAGACUGGCCCUUCUUAAUUGUGGUCCUGGAGAGAAUGGGUUUUGGGGAAGAAAUUAAGGCAUUUAUUUAGUCGCUCUACAUGUGCCCCACUGCUAGGAUUUGGGUUAACAGUAUCCCUAUCGGAUACUGUGAACAUUAAUAAUUGCACCCAGCAGGCUUGGCCCUUGACACCCCCCUUUUUUCCUUGUCCGUAAAGCCCUUCUUUUCCCAGUCGGAGUCAACCAUGUUUCAAGGAGUGGACACAAAGUCACAUUAAAAGCAGACAAUAUGCUCUUUUUUCUUGAAAGCCUGGUGCUGACACUAACAAACCUUCUCAAGAAAUUAAAUAUGCAUAAAUCUGAAAUUUCAAACAUCACCAUACCCUCUGCCCAGGUCGCACUGAUACAGUCUUCUUUCCCAUUCAAGUGUUGUGCUUCACAGCUAAAAUACCUAGUUGUCUCGGUUACUCUAUUUCUUUAUAGCCUUUACCAAAGCAACUUACUUCCUCUACUUCGCACCCUACAAACUGACUUGAAAGCAUGGGCGCUUGCCCAUGUCUCAUGGGUGGGGCGUAUAAAUGUCAUAAAAAUGAACAUCUUCCCAAAGCAUUUAUAUCUUCUGCAAACCAUCCCAUCAAGAUUCCGCAACGGUUUUUCCAAGCACUUAACUCCUUUAUUAUCCAGUUUGUUUGGGCAGUGAAAAAGCCAAAACUGAGGCUUCCACACUUAUGUCUUUCAAAAUCUAAAGGGAGUUCAGCUCUUCUGUCAUCUAUCACAUAUUACAGGGCAGCUCAUCUCCUUUGCUUAAUUGACUGACAUGAAUCCAGUGGUGGAACUAAUGUAGAGAGGGCCCUUUUGCAAAAAAAAAAAAAUGUUUUGCCCCCUCUGGUGCAAGGGUGCCAAAAGGUAGAUCCCCAUCUAUCAUAUAACUCCCACAAUGCUAUGCCAGCUGGGGAUCUACUAUUUGCCCAUCCUUCAGGGUUGAAUUUAUGAGAAGUGUCUGUGUGUGUUUGAAUGUAAUAAUGUUUUUGUAUUGUGUAUGUGUGUGCAUGUGUUUGUAUGUACUUAGUGUUGUAUUUAGCGCAAGGCUAACAAGGCAUUUGCCUUGGGUGGCAGUUUCCAGGGGGCGGCAAAAAACGCCCUGGCAAAUUCCUUGUUAGCCUUGACUUAUGGGGGCCCAAGAGUUGACCAGCUGGCCACCAUUGAGCCCCCCGGGGCGCCCAGACAGUUUCUAUUGUGGGCGGCGAGGGAGCAUUGAUCUGCGAGCUCUCCCUGCCCAGCUCCAUCACUCCGGCGCCCCGCAUCACUAAACGGCGUGCAAGGAAGCUAAGCAGGAAAAUCGGAGCUCCCGCACUGAAUAUCCUGCACACCCACCCGCCCCCUUGCCUGUCCGCCCUUCAUCCUGCAUGCCUGCCUGCCCUCUAUCUUGCACACCUGCCUGCUCAGUGGCCAGCCCAGCUGUCCCACUGGACCCCAGGUAAAAAUCCAGUGAGUGUGUGCGUGUCAAUGUUUGUCUGAGUGAUUGUGUGUGUCUGUCAGAUUGUGUCACAUCAUUGACUGUGUGUGUCUGAAAGAUUGUGUCAAAUCAGUGAGUGUGUGGGUAUGUGUGUCUGUCAGUGAGUGUUUGUCUGUGUAUAUGAGAGUGUGUGCUGGUCAGUGAGUGGGUGUGUCUGUGUGUAUGUCAGUCAAAGCGUGUGUUAGUCUUUAACAGGAAGAGGUGUGGUCUUGACACGAAGCGGUGGGUAAAUUUUAAUUAGGGGGUGCCCGAGUUCCGUCAUGCCUAUUGCAGCACAAAAUCUAAAUACACCACUGUGUGUACUGCUGCCACUGGCAUACAGUGGUGUACCUCUAUGCAAUGUUUGUGUUUGUAUGUAGUGUUAGCUUUAAAUGCAGGUGCACUAUGUGUGGUGGUGUUUGCAUUAAGGUGUGUUUGUAUGUAAUUUUGGCAUUUUAAUACAGGUGUUUGUUUCUAAUGUUUGUGUUUGAUUGCAUGGAUAGUUCCUCUGCUGCAUAAAUCCCAACCAAGUAGACACUGGUCGCCCCUUAAAACUGGUACUGUAGGCCCUCUCCUACUAGCUUCCCUGUGACUGGAGAAUGAGGGGACGCCAGGAAAGCUUCCCAACAUCCUCUUAUUGGUGCAACCAUCCAUGUUUAUUUUAAUGUUUGAUUUCAUGCCUUUCUUUCCACUAUUCCUAACCCUCUCACCCCAAUUCUGUACAGUCUGCCUUUUCAAGAGGGACUCUCUUCACACCCCUUUCACAUCAGAAAAGUCCCUCAGACUUCUAGUAAUUGGUCCUCCCUAUGCCUAAUAGUGUGGAGUGGAACUUAUCUAUUCCAUUCUUGUGAGUUUUAUUCAUAUAUAGACAUUUUAUUUAGUCUAUAGUCCAAAGUCUAGUUUCUCUCAUGGGCCAAUAUUAUAUACAGACAUUUGUUUAUUUUACUGACCUGCACUGUUAGUUUUCCUUAUAUGUUUUGUUUUAGGUUGAAAGAACCAACUUUGCUGCAUAAGUAUUGCCAAGAAUGUUUAGCACUGUUUAGUGAAUAACACUUUUUUUCUUUAUUUGCACUUUUAAGUUUAUUGCAUUGCACUUCAUUUUUAAUACACCUAUUUACUGUUGGAAAGCUUAUUGCGCACCCUUUUUAUGCAUUUUAUGUUGUUCCGGGCAGCUGCCUGGGUUCUGAUAUAUAUUUUAUGCCUGUUCUCAAUAGUGGUGACCUACUAUAAUGACAAGUGAGACCAUUUUUGGAUUCUUUCCCAUGAGUUUAGAAUCACUGUUUUAGAUACAAACACUUAUUGACAAAUAAAGAGAGAUUAUAGAGACAGCUGUAAUGCAAUCCCAGGCCGAUGUUUUGAUUAAUCAACUGGUUCUCCCCAAUUUGGUGCGCCUAUUCUGGCUUUUAGUUUUAGUACACUUUGCAAUGCUUUUUUGGGGGUCUUGAGUCCUUUAUAUACAUUACAAACAACUGAAGGAGCUCUGAUUGCUCUACAGAGUUGAACAACACAGAUGGCAAAGUGCUAGAGUGUGACUGUGUCGUGAGUCUCCCUGGUUCCUAUGGGUCCAGGAAGGAAACAAAACAAGAUAUUGUCUAAGUAGAGGCUCUUUGCCAGAGGUUCCUUAUCCAUGCAAAACUAAUAAAUCAGCUGCUAUGAUCCGGCAUUGCCACGCUUGCUUCUCAGCUUUCAUUGUCUCACCUCUUUACACUCACUGAUAGACUUUUCAGUAGUGACUUGGUAAUCAGAGCAGAGAGAUGUCAUGCAACAUUUACAAAAUGCGGUAACAAUAUAGGCCAUUUGUCAAAGGCGUUUCCAGCUGUCGAUAUUCAAUACUAAAAGGUGAGCUUUAGACUUUCCUGCCAUGCAAAACAUAUCUAUCUUCUUAAAUGGAUUAGUCCAGUUUAAAUUAUUUUAAAAAGGCUUUGUAGGUGUUAUAAUUUGAAGUCCUCAUUCAAGUUAAAUGUUAAUACCCAAUGUCCAUUAGCUAAGCUUCUACUCACUGGUAUCAAAGGUUCACUUCUUAGACCUUUUGACAAAGUACAAAAGCAGGAUUAGCGUACCCUGCCUUCAAGUACAUAGUAAAUUAUCCAUAAAAAUACGUAUUCCUUGUAACUGUAAUAUUGCAACCCCAUAGCCUAUAAUGUAUUAUGAACAGUAACAGAAAAAAUGGAUUAACUUAAAUUUAUGUAAAAAUUAUUCAACAAGAAAAAUUUUCUAAUUCUUGUUGGCUAUUUUCACUUUAAUGUAAACAUUUUCAUUUUUGCCUAUCACAUUUCUACUAGUAAAGCAAUUUAAAGGGAUACAAUGCGUGCCAGGAAUAGCUACCUCCCCCCUCCCUUGCGCUCUUCCCCCCACCUCCCUCCAGUGAGUGAAUAAAGGGUUAAAAAUCCUUUUUUUUAGUUACCUGAUCUCAGGUAAGUACAUUUACUUACCAAUAUCCCUUGGCGCUGGGUCGCAGCUCCUCCUCCGUCCAGCGAUGUGCGGGUGCUAAUGUGUAUGCGCACGCAUCAGACCUCCCUAUAGGUAAAUAUUAAACCAAUGCUUUCCUAUUGAGAAAAAUCUGGCAGAGCAUGAGGACAUCCAGCGUCAGUUACUAGAUCAAAGGUCCAUUUGGAUCCAGGACACCAGGUAACAAACCUGAGAAGGUGUGACAGGACUGACCCUCCAAAAUUGGGAUGAUUUGGAAUCCUGAAAGUUCAACAACAAGUAUGGUCUAACACUGAUGUCCACCACAUGUGUUCACUUCAAAGCAUGCAGAGGUCUGAUAACUAAAUAGUAAGUUGUGGAGACUUGAGAACUAACUUGCAACAUAUAGAAUAAAGUAAAAGAGUUGAAAAAAAAAUUAAACUAUGUUAAAGGGACACUAUUUGCACCCAGACCACUUCAACUCAUUGAAGUGGGCUGGGUGCAUAUUCCCAGGUCCAUUAACCCUGCAAAGGUAAUUAUUGCAGUUUUUCAUAAACUGCAAUAAUAACCUUUGUGGGUUAACUCCACCUCUAGUGCCUGUCUUUCAGACAGCCAUUUGAGGGUCGUUAAGCAUGAGGACAUCCAGCCUCAUGUAAAAAUCCAUAGGAAAGCAUUGUAUGAUGCUUUCCUUUUGGGGAAGUAUUAAUGUGAGUGCAUUAGUUGGGUCAGUAGGGGAGGAGGCGUACCCAGGUAAGUGACAGAAAAGUUUUUUUUUUUACCCCUUCUGCGCCAUGGGGGCAGGGCCAGAUUAAGAGCCCAGUGGGCCUGGUGCUGACAAUUAUGACGGGCCUAUGAUGGUGUUGGAGAGAUAGAAAACAUCAGCUAUAAGAAAACACAUACCCUAGGCUAAUCUCUCUCUAAUUUAUGUUUUCAUCUUUCAAUUAAAUCCAUAACCCCUAACAGCAGUGUCCAGUCAAGCAGGAAGGCAAAAGGGUGUGCCAUUGACACAAAUCACGUAACCUGCCAAAAAGGGCGAACACGCCCAAAAAGAGGACAUGUCUGCCCAAAGAAUUAGAAGGCCAGCCUGGCAUGAAUGCAUGUCAGGCUGCCUGCCAAUCAUGCAGCUGGCCAACUAAGGGCAUACUAUGCAGACAGCACCCUGAGCUUGGCAUAAAUGCAUCUAAUGAUGCGCUCACUCAACGCUUUCUAAGGACUGUCCCCUAGCACUCGCUGUUCCACUUGUCUCCUUGCCUUCUUAGUAGCAGGCAGAAGCUCCUGGUAUAUAGUCUGGGACAGAGAAAAGCUGUAUGUAGUGAGUGUAGAAGAAAGGGAACAUGCCACAGUGUUAGAGAGACCAAAGUCAUCAUUACCUUAAAGGAUCACUAUAGGGUCAGGAACACAAACAUGAAUUUAUGACCCUAUAGUGUUAACACCACCAUCUAGCCCCCCUGGGCCCCUCAUGCCUCCAUAAAUAAAGCAAAAUCUUACUAUAUUCAAGCCUGAAGCUGUAACUCUGCAUGCUGUUAGACUCAUAAAAACAAGCAGUCUGCUAACAUCAUUAGAAGUGGUGGCCUGAUCCAAUCACAGUGCUUCCCCAUAGGAUUGGCUGACACUGACAAAGAGGCAGAUCAGGGUCAGAGGGGGGCCUUCACAUACAGGGCACUAUUGCGAACUACACUAUAGUUUUCCUUUAAAUGGGAUAUUUUUUCCAGCUUGUCUUGGGGCUGAUAAAACAAUCCGUUGGAAAUUAUGUGUGAGGCUUUCAGUCAGCCCAACUACCACCACCACUGUUGAGAGAUGUGACUGUGCUGUUUUUGUAGGCAAAAAAAUAUUUUAUAUAUACAAAGGUAUUCCAAAUCUGAAACUACAGAGUUGUAAACUUAGGAUAUGCAAAACACAAAUAAAAUAUGUAGUGAAUUCCAAUCCUAUCCUAUCACAGCCUAGAAUUUUGAAGAAAAAAAAAUUAAGAAACGUGUAUCUCUAUCUUUGAAAGCUUUAUUAUCCAAAUGUUUAUAUAGAUAUCACUGGUCACGUUAAAAAGAAAAAGGCCACUCCAAUAUCACAGGAGACAGAUUUAAAACAGUGUCGACAGUAUGAUAUAAGAGGAUAACUACAUGCUAGGAUAUAUAUAUAUAUAUAUAUAUAUAUAAUAAUCUCAUGUCUAGGUGAAUCUUGUGAAGGGGGCUUACUCAAUGAGGAUGACUAAAAGGUCUCUUCCCUAGGUUGUGAUAGGAGGGAUUGGAAUUCAAUACAAUGGGAGUUUAUAUAUACAUUGUGUUUUGUGUAUCCUAAUAUUACACUAGAAUUUUCAGCUCUGUAGUUUCAGAUUUGGAAUAACUUUGUAUACAAGUGGUCCUCAUUUAUCAGCCUACCUGUUUUACGAUGGCUCGCAUUUACGACCAGGCGUAAGUGCGAGCCGUCAUGGGGAUUCCCUGCUCUGGUGCGCAUGUCCAUGUUUGGGGAAACUUCCCCGAACAUAGACGAACGCAUGAGAGCAGGGAAUCCCUCUAAUCUAUGUUUGGUGAAAUUUCCCCGAGCAUAGAUUAGAGGGAUUCCCUGCUCUGGUGCAUUCAUCUAUGUUCGGGGAAGUUUCCCCGAACAUAGACGAACGCACCAAAACAGGGAAUCAAUCCCUUAACUCCUCACUUAUCGACCAAUUCGUUCUACAACUGGGUCGUAGGAACAGAACCCGGUCAGGAAGUGAGGAGUGUCUAUAUAUCAUCCAGGUAGGAUUAAUGGUUAUGUCCUAUACCAGAUCUAGUGCUGGUUGGACAUAAGUGAAUGUACUUUUGGUAUUUUCACGCAUCUAAAAAUUGUUUUAUACAUGUGUUUAGUUUAGUUUUAGCUCCUGUUGGGAUUGGACUACUUUUUAUAGUUCUACUUUUACUAAUUACCAAAAAUUUUAUGAAGUCUUGAAUGUACUAAUUGAUUGUAAAUAUGCAGAAAUUCACCAGAGGCCACUGACUUACUAUUCUUCCUACAAUGUUUUUUUUUUACACCUGAACUUUACAAGACACCGCUCAUCUUACAUACCAACCUGUGUUGUGCCUUUAUGUCAUGUAGAAAUGUUAGCAUUAAAGAGGGUUGUAUAGAGAGAGAGAAUAGGUUGACUGUGAUACUCACAAAAAAGGAAUAUAGUAUGAACAAAAAUGUAAAAUAAAUUUCAUUGUGGAACAUUGCCAUUUCAUUGUUUUUGCUAGUAGGUUUUAGAAUAGAUUGAACUCUAAAAAGACAAGUCUCAAAGCCCAUUUUACAUCGCUUGUUUUGGUAAUUUGUGUUUUGUUUUUGCUGGUUUUUUUUGUUUUCUUUUAUAGAGUUUUAUUGUUUGGAUCUUGCUUGCUAAUGGAGGCCACCCCCUUAUAUGAUUUAGGAAAAUUUCAUAAGUCUUAACUUUGAACAUUAUUGCUUACUUGUUUUUUAUUGACUUUUUAAUACAUAUUUUGAUUUAAUUGUUCAAUGCUUUAAUUUAGUUCAUUUUAGAAUACAACUUUUUUUUUUAUUAGUGAUGAAAUUUACAUUGAGUGUUCACUAUAAUUAAUUUUUUUUGUCUUUUGGUUUUUUUUUUUCACAGUGUUUUUGCCCAACCAGGACUUGGUGGUUUCCUCAAUAAUGCAGAAUCAGUCAAACUUGAAAUUCUCUUCCGGGUCUUUAGAUAAUGAAUGUUCUCCUAUCAACCAAUCAGAUGAUGGAAUAUUGGAUCAAACUGGGUCAGCUUGUUUGCAGAUGGUAAGGAGAUGUUAAUCUGCUAUUUAUUGCGUCAGGAUUACUGUUUGCCAAUUCCAAACUGAUAUUUUUACGUAUUUUUCCUUUAUUAUCUAUUGUAACUCUGCAUUUGUGGCUGUCCUUUUUUUAUAGUAUUAUUAUAGGAGUAAUACAGUAGGUAAUAAUGCAAGGUUUUCAUAGUCACAUUGUGGUAGCAUUACAUCUACGUAGAAUGCAAGUUAAUGGGAGUGAGCUAUAAAAGGGACACUCUAAGUGUCAUAACCAUUACCACACCACUAGUAGUGCAAGAAGUCUUUGCUGUACUCCUUCUAGUGUUUAAAAAUGGGGUCCUCUCUUCAUCUGAAGCUUAUUUUCCAUAUUAACAAUACCUGAUUUGACAGAUAAUGCAGAAAAUAUGAUCAGUCACUGACUGCUGAUUGAGGCCACCCAAAAACAGGUUAGCAAAAACUGGAGGGAACACAUCCAAAUACUCCUUGCACCCGAAUUCCUUCAUGAUUAAAAAAUCAGAUAUAUCUCUUUAGAUCAGGGGUGCCCCAAAGGUAACAUCCCCAGAUGUUUUAAAACUACAGCUUCCAUGAUGCUUUGUCAUUUCAAAGGUAUUCUAAAGGCAUGCAAAGCAUUAUUGGUCUUGUAGUUUUGCAACAUCUGGGGAUCUACCUUUUGGGCACCCCUGCUUUAGAUCAGCAAGCAGUCACCACUCAUGUUUAAUAUUAUAUUUAAUUAUGGGUUUUUUUUACUAAAAGAAACAUUUAGACUUUUUUUUUUCAAAUCGCUACCAAAUUUUUUUUUUAAAAAAUACUUUAGUCAAAGUUUUCCACAUUUAUAAUUAUUACCGUAAAGAAUACUUUCUAUGCUAUAGGAAAAUUAUCCUCUCAAAUCUCAAAGGAUGACCUUCUACUGUGUGCGGUCCUGUUAACGAACAGGUUACAAAAGAGCGGUUUGCUGAUUGUCUAGUCUACACAGUUUUAUCAUGUUGCAAAUUUCUGGAAGUAGAACACUCAAACAGUCCCACAUUUAGGUCAUUAACCCUGAAUGGCUUUAAAUACCAAAUCCUAUUUACAUUUGCACAAAAACGAUAUCACAUUAAAAUGAGCAAAUACCACAAACAAUAUCAUACACUCUUAUUUUGUAUAAGAAGCUGACUUUUUAUAUGUAGCUUUGAGUUAGGUUAAUUUAAAAUGUCAUAUUUGUGUGUUGAAUCCACAUUUGAUUUUUUUUUUUUACCUCGCUUCAUCCAUGCACCACAACCACUGCAGCCCACUUUAAUGGUUAUGGUGCCAGGAGUUCUCUGGUGCUCUCCCAGGUAAAGAAGUUAAAUUAUUUUAGAACAGAUUGACACACCCUGUCGAGCGUCUCCUCCUUUGCCCCAGGAUGCACUAACACUGAUCUAAGCCAGGCAGUGGAGGACUUAACUCACUGGCUAAAAAAUAAUCUUUAGCUAAUGCUCUCAGCCAAUGAGUUGGCCUUGCAUGACAGUAGUUAGCUCAGUUGAGCUAAGUAAAGCUCUUGUAGGAGUGUUAUUUAAAAAAAAUGCAUGUACUGGGUUCGGCAUUCAGUUUCCCUGAAUCACAGCAAAUUUGGCAUUCAUAUAGAAAGUAGGCGAUAAGAGGGCACAUUACAUAUAUUUUUACUUUUGACACAUGCAAUAAUAUUAAAUUAAUAUGUUUUUUUUCAAUAUCUUGUUUUUAUUAUCAGUAUUUCAAUGUUUUGUCAACAUAAGAAAAAGAAUAGACAGCAAACGUAUCAUUUCACAUUGUACAGGUCAGGAGUACGGUGCAUUAGUACAAGCGUGGGAAAUUGCAAGGUUACAUAUCACUGGGUACAUUAUUCUCUGCAAUGGGAACAGUUGUUCUCACGGUAGUUACAGGCAUAGUUCUCCAGUAUACAUACAAGUGCUGCGCCUGAAUAAGAAACAUUAGUACAAUAACACCUUAACCCAUAGUACCAUAAGUUCUCCUACAUACAAGUCUUGAAAGUCAAUGGGAUACCUGUCCAGAAUUUACAAUAUUGUCUCCAUCCUAUGCUUGAUCGCUACCUCCGGUCAACCUCCAGUAAUAAGUCAGGAGGCAUCACGCAAGGGGCGAACCUUAACUCGACCAGUGGUAAAAUGAUAUAAGAAUGGGCAAAGAGAGAAAAUUAAUAUGUUUUUAAACUAGACUCCAGUAAUUACAAAGGGGACUUUGCUAAGAGAUAGGAAUGCACAGUGUGAGGUUAUAGUACAUUCACUGCCUGGGGCACAUCUCGGCUGUCUAGGAACGGACUUGGUUUCUCUUUGCAGCUGAACUGUGAUCAAGAAGCUAUAUAUUUCCACGGUGCUCUUUUAAUGACCCCCAAGAUAUCAUAAUCAAACUGUCACUUAGUAUCUUACUUGAUACAAGAUAAGGCAAUUCCAAUUAGAAUUUAUGGAAUGCACAGUGCUGUGGGGUACAAAAGAGAAGCACUAACUAAGCAGUUUAUUAGCAGAAAUGUAAGAAGUUCAAAAGGUAGAAUUCUAACACAAUAAAGUAGUAAAUAUGUCCUUGCGUAUGUUUGUGUCCUGGCUCACACCUUGGGGUUUAUUCACUAAACGGAGGUAAAAUGAAAAUGGAAUUGCGAUAAAUAGACCAAACUAACCAAGCAGACUUGGAAUAUUGUUUUAUCUCAUUCAGCUAUUUUAGUCAUUAUUUUUUUUCCAUACAAUUUAGUGAAUAUGCCCCCUGUGCAUUACACUUGCAUCUGCUCCUUAUAGCUUUACAUAAACCGAUAAGUAGGGCCCUAGUGACACAGUAAUAAUGUGUUUUUGUCUGUUAAACUGCAAUGAUUGAUUUAUUGAGUUAUUUUACUGCUUUUACCCUUCCACUACCAAAUCAUUUGCAAGACAUGAAUGCCAGAAUCUACAUUUUUUUUCUUUGUGUUCUGGAAAGUAUUGUGUAAAUGUAUUGCUCAUGUUAUUUGGUACAAUAGCACAAAACAUGGGCAGGAAUUAAAUUUAAAAAAAUAAACAAAAACAACACUCUAAAGUUUAAAAUAAAUAUACUUAUAUUUAGCCUUAACAUGUUCCCAUGAUGUGGAAGAAAGGACCACCACUUUUUAAAAUAAAAACCGCAAAAACGAUUCCAUCUUUAAUACAAUGAUGACAGUCGCCACUCGGUAGCCCUCCUUGCACUGCAACAUCAUGCAAGUGACCUCACAGUGAGCGGAGCAAGGCAAGUAUUGCGUCCCCUAACCUGUGGACCAUUGGCACUCCCAGAGUCCAUUAAUGGGUGCCUAGAUAGCCUUGAUUCUUCUCUAUCUGCCUCGUCUCUGUGAUGUGUGUCUGUGGCACUAAUAGUUAUGUUAACCAAUUUAUUUUUUGUAAUCCAGUUUUUUUUUUUAUAUUCAGGCGUUUGCUCAUGAUACAAUUAAUGUAGUGCUAAAAGCAUAUAACAUAUAUGUAGCAAAUAAGCAACAGAAAUCAUAGCUCAUUUUUUGUUUUGUUUAACAAGAAGAGACCACAUGCUUAGAGCAAAUCAUAUGAAGACAAAAGGCAUGGUAUGCUCAGGUAAUCAGAGGAAAACCAACAUAAAAAUAAUCAAACACAUGCAGGUGAAUCAAAUAAUAAGCAUGUAGUAGAAGUGUGACUGAAAUAUCCCAACAGUAGGGGGGUUUGAAGGACUAGGCCCAUUCACUGAGACCAAGUCAGUGAGGGCACAGCACAGUCUUGCAAGUUGAUGAGUAGCCCAUGGACAAGUGGCUCAAAUAAUAAGAGGGGUCCCAGGCACAGAAGCGCAUGCAAGAUGUCACACAAACUGCUGCACCAUUGACCUCUUCUGCAUGACUGGUGUUUAUACAGGUGCCAAACUCACCUCAGACGAUUCUGCUGCGGCUUCCAAGACCCAUAUAUCUGUGGUUCACUCCAAACAGGUGCCCCUUUGUGGAAAGCCUUUGCUUGACUGUGAAGAGCACCCUAAGUGGAGAUGGAGGCAAGGUGGUAUCAGGGGCUCACCUCCAGAUGCCUCUAGACGAUCUCUGAGCUUGGCCAAGAAGUCCUUGUACAACCUGAGCGGACCCACCAAGAUAGGGGACAGCUGGUCUUGGGUGUCAUGUAAAUACAUGGCGUGUGCCAUUUUAUAAAGCUUCAGCUUGUCUGUUGAUUUGGUGGUGGAGUUUAAAAAUUAUGCAGCGCAAAUAGUGUUACACACAUCAUGGAGACGAGGCAGGUAGCGAAGUAGGAGCAUGGCUAUCUUAGGGGCCUAUGACCAGAGUACCAGUACGAUACCUUUUAAUAGGCCGCCAGAAUCUUCAAAUCGGAAAUCACACUAUUUAUAGGCAUUUUGUUAUUCACCGUUAAGGAUUACACGAGGACAGUAUGGCUGUAAUUGGCGAGAAAAGUACUGUUAAAUGUUACGUGGCAAUGUUUAUUUACCCUAUCAAGUUAAUAAACCUGUUUAGAAUAUUUCAAUAUUGGGAGGUUUACUGCGUGAGGCGUGGGUGCACUAUUAUUUAUUACUUUCCUUUUCUUUUUUUUACAUUAUGCGCCCCUAAGAAUUUUGAACACAGAGCAACCACCGCUGUCCCCCCCUCCCCAAGCUACGCCACUGGAUGCAUGAGCAGUAAUCAUCAAGCAUCACCAAUCCAAUGCUUCCCUUCCCACAGAGAAAUAUUGAGUCCAAUGCUUUUCUAUACAUUUACAGAUUUACAGCAUUUUGUGCCAAAAUGCUGGGGGCAAAGACAUAAAAUGUAAAGACCUAUUAUUUGUUGGAUAAGCUCUAGUGGCUGUUUUCCCGGCAGUCAGAGAUGCGUUCUCUUACAAAUUAAAGAGAACACAGGAAAAUGGACUAAAUAUAUGCACCAAAACUACUUCAAAUAGAUUUAGUGGUUUUGGUUCAUUUUUGCUGAUAUUUAACAUUUUGCAAUUUUUCCUGAACUCCUAAUGUGUGCUACAGUACAAUCUCUCACAUUUGACAUAAUCUUAGCACACAUGCUAUAGUGCCCUAAAAUUAAAUAUAUGAUACCUUAAUGCCCCCAUAGUGUCACCGUUACCAUAUGUUUUGCUCUAUAUGUUUUGCCUAUUCAUAUUACUGCAUGUUAUCAAACUAUCCGAUAUAUAAUGUCCCAUAUGAAUUGUUCAUAAUGUCCUAUAAUUGCACCAUACAAACUACCCCUUAUGUUGUCAUAUUGUCCCCAUCUGUGUGCACUUUAAAUUUAGUAUUACCGUCGAUGUCACUUAUUAUACCGUUCAUUUAAAAAAAAAUGUUUUUACUUAUCUGUGUUGUGGUGUUCUAAUUCUUUUCUUGUAAAAUUUGUUUGCACUUUACAUGUAAAAUUCUAGAUUUUCAAGAGCAUGUUAAACAAAGUCUGUCAUAAUGAAAGAACAAUACAUUUGCUACCAGGCCCGGGCUGGCCAUCGGGCACACCGGGCAAAUGCCCGGUGGGCCGCGGUGGCCGUGGGGCCGAGGCCGGCAGGGGAGGUCCCAGGAUCUCCCCUUCCGGUCUAUGCAGGGCCGGCACUAUCCGAGCGCCGGCCCCGCUGUCUUCCAUGGAGGGCCGAUGGGGAGAUCAAAGAUCUCCCUCACCGGCCCAUUUAAAUAGACCUGCGGCUGGGGAGGGAGGGAGAGGACCCGGCGGAGCUCUGUCUUGCAGCUCCGCCGGGUUUCUCUCGCGAGAUCCGGAGCGUUGCCAUGGCAACGCCCCGAUCUCGCGAGAGAGUUCACUCACCACUGGACCACCAGGGAUGGUGUGCGAGUGCCGGUGCCCCCCCUCCCAGCUACCACGUGCCUGUCCCCCCCUCCCAGGCUAAAGGUAAGAAGGGAGGGGGGGGGUUUAGUUUUUUUUUUGCUUAGUUUUUAUUUUUAUUUUUUUUAUAUAUUUACCCCCACUUAAUUUUUUAUUUGUUUAUUUACCCCCCAACACACAACAUUUAUACACAGCACUAUCACACUCAGCAUUCUCAGCACUCACACAACACUCACACACUCACACCCAGCACUCUCACACCCAGCACUCUCACACUCAGCACUCACACACAGCACUCUCACACACAGCACUCUCACACUCAGCACUCUCACACACAUCACACGCAGCACUCUCACACACAUCAUAGCACUCUCACACACAUCAUAGCACUUUCACACACAUCAUAGCACUUUCACACACAGCACUCUCACACACAUCAUAGCACUCUCACACACAUCAUAGCACUCUCACACACAGCACUUUCACACUCAGCACUCACACACAUCACACGCAGCACUCACACACAUCACACACAGCACUAUCACACCCAGCACUCACAACACACAACACUCACACACAGCACUCUCACACACAGCGCAGCACUCUCACACAUCAUAGCACUCUCACACACAUCACACGCAGCACUCUCACACACAUCAUAGCACUCUCACACACAGCACUCUCACACACAUCAUACACAGCAAUCUCACACAUCGCAGCACUCUCACACACAUCAUAGCACUCUCACACACAUCAUAGCACUCUCACACACAGCACUCUCACACACAUCAUACACAGCAAUCUCACACAUCGCAGCACUCUCACACACAUCAUAGCACUUUCACACACAGCACUUUCACACACAGCACUUUCACACUCAGCACUCUCACACACAUCACACAACACUCUCACACACAGCACUCAGCACUCAGGCACAUCACUCUCACACACAUCACACUCAGCACUCACACACAUCAUACACAGCACUAUCACACUCAACACUCAUACACAGCACUAUCACACUCAGCACUCACACACAUAACACACAACACUCACACACAGCACUCUCACACAUCACUCUCACACACAUCACACAUCAUACACAGCACUAUCACACUCAGCACUCACACACAUCACACACACAACACUCUCACACACAUCAUACACAGCACCCUCACACACACAGCACCCUCACACACAUCACACCUCACACACACAUACUGCACCCCUCACAUACACACACAACCCCCAAUACACUGCAUCACACACAUACACAAUACUUCCAAACAUAUUUAUAUAAACUAUACACAUACACACAACACCCCUCACACACACACUGCACCCCUAAACACAUUACAUUCCAGACACACACUAGAUCCUUUAGCCAACUCUGGAUCAUAUACACACACACACUCUGGAUCCCCUAUAUGCACACUAGAUUCCUUGUAAGCAAACACAUACUACAUUCCCUGAACACACACUCUCUACAAACACUAAAUCACCUAUACACACACACACUAUAGCCUGUAUGCACACACUUGCUACAUCCCCUAUACACACAUUCUCUACAGCCCCUAGCCACAUAUGCAUUACAUUACACCACAAACACAACACGACUAAAACAGACCUUAUUACACAAUACCACACCAUGACCAGCUCACUCUGCACAAACGUAAUACCACAAACAGGCUCCAAACACAUGCACAAUACUCUUUCCUGGCCCUUUUGUCUCCUGGUAUCCAUUUAUAGAGACACCAGAGACAAGUUGCAAGGAAACAGUGCAAGCAUGUUAUUAAAUUUGCUUGCACUGUGCAGAACAAAUACAGGGCUUUUUUCUCAUGCUAGAGCUCUUCAGCAGAGCUCUGCGCAUGGUCUGCCCUGGAAGAGCAUUGAACGAACAUGCUCACUUUGAGAGGGGGCGUGUUUGUCAUGAGUGAUGACAAAACACACCCUCUCUGCCCCGCCCCCUUCUUAGUGGGCCGCUGUGAUAAAAAAAUGCCCGGGCUGAAUUUUUUUCCCAGUCCGGCCCUGUUUGCUACUCACGCCAAUAGACUACCUAUUACUGGAUCUCCUUGUGGACAAAAGGUUUUAGUGUUGUAACUUGUAUAUAUUGUUUUUUUGUAUUUUGCUAUUUUUGUGCGAGCUCAUUCACCUUUUUGUCUUAUAUUUUCAAGAAAAUGUAUUUGUUUUGCGUUACGACUUUACUCAUAACUAAGUUUUAUGCAGUGUUAUAAUACGCUUUAUAAAUAAGGUUUGGACUUGAUAAUUUAUUCACUAACUGGGAACCGUGUUGAAUUGACAAGUGAAUUACAUAUUUUAGGUGUUCUAUGUAAUUGGAGAAAAUCUCCAAAUCAGCUAAAGUUUGAUCUAUUUUGAUCUAAGGUUUGCAAUUCACUUCUCUACGAUGCUAAAUGUAGUAAAAAUAAUAAUUAAAAAAUCCCACACCCUUUGAUUCGUAAAAUGAUUGGAUAAAACAGGUGAAAUGUAUCAGAGGAUUGAGGAAGGUGAGUUCAUGUAAAAUGUAUCUGCCAAAGAAAGGAAAGUUGAUAUGUUUCACCUGCUCACAUGUUUCACCUCUUGGCAGUGUAUAUUAUGCUCAGUUUGUAUAUUUUCUAUAUUUUCUUAAGGCAGUGUGCCUUGAAUUCCAAUUACUAUAUUUUCUUAAAGGGGAAUGCUUUUAUGAAGAUUAAACCAUUGAGUAGAACAUUGAAAAUCACCUAUAAUUUAUGUUGGCUUUUUUUGUAUGUGAUUCUUCAUUUGUUUGAAAUGUAUAAUAAAGAUUUAGCAAUUGACAUAAGAAUCCAGUUCACACGUGGCACAGCCAGGGCACACACUGCAUUAUAGAAGGAGAAAAAUACUGUUUCUAUUUCUGAACGUCUACAUACAAACUGAUGUCUCAGUAUGUUACAGUAUGAGAGCCGGGAAGUAACAUUCCCAAUUCUCAUGCCAACUCUUAUACGUAGAGGGCUUGAAGGCUUGGCUUGAAGCCAUGCUUCUAAGCCUUUUACUUAGUAAUUCUGCAAGUCAACUAUAUUCUCCAUUCUACUCUGGCCUUAAAUUUAAAAUUCACUUUGAUUCUCACUUUGCUGAUAAACCCUGUUAUAUGUUAAAGGAGAUUACUAGAUGUGGUAUUAAAAGGUUUCAUACAGGUUCAGCUUGCAGCGUCCCCAACUGACCUAAUUCAAGUUUGUCAGUCUUAUAACCUGAAAAAAAGGUUUUCUUUAGGUAUACAGAAAAAUGACCACUAGUAGAGCUGAUGUGGUCUCAGUUCAUUAAAGAAAGUUGGAGAAUGUAAUUUAGGAUUGCUUGCCAAGCUAAAGCCAUGUACUGAAUUGAUGAUGGAAUGAUGAUGUUCUAGAGGGAUGAGAAUCAGUGUAGCCAAAGGUUCCCAAUAGCUAGUCCAUUGUACAGAGCUAACUCAUAUGUUGAAAUUUUACAAAAAAAUAUCUUUAGCACUGCCUGUUGGCUUUGAUUAAUGUAAUUUGUCUAUUUGCAGGAUACAGUUGGCUUUGGUGGCCAAACACAUGAUUCUGAGACACAGGCUAACAGAAAGAAUUCUGAUUCCUCUAUGAGCCCCAAUCUCUCGUCAUCGUCGCCCACAGACCACCUCCAUGUGAGAUUUCCAAUUAAAACUUCUCCCAAUGAAGAGUACCGAAGGUACAGCUGUGACGAUGCCACAGAACGGAGCUAUAACAAGUACAUGAAAGGUAGAAAUCAGUACCACCCGUACAAGAGGCAAUUCAGUGAUGUUUUCCCAGACACCAUACAUUCUCUGUCCCUUGGAGAAAAAACAUUCAAAGACAUGGAUGGGAUAGAGGUCUUUGAAGAUGUCUGUGGACCAUCUGUCCCUGAAGAUACAGAAACUUUUGCCACACAUGAUAUUUCAGCCGAGACCACAUGGUGCAAUUCCCUGCAGUACAAUUCAGCUCAAGAUGAAGGGUCGCAGAUAAUGGUGAGUUUAAUGUGAAGUUACAGACACACUGUUUACAUUUUAUAAACUGAGCAGUGCUUUAUCAGGGUCAAUGGUCAUGUGUAAUGUACCUUCUAAAACUCUAUUAUUCCUCUCUUUUCAGGACAAGGCAAAUAAACGCAACAGUGAUACUUCUCUGAUCACUCUGUGCAGUGGUUACUAGGUUGAGAACAUAAAGCUUGUUUUAACAGACAUGAUAGACGUGUUUGACUGCCAACUCCUGCUUACAGUCCUGUAAAUUUACAAUUAACCUCCCUGGCGGUAAUCUCGAGCGUCGCUCUGAGUUAAUUUUUAGUACCAAAUGCGGUAACCCCGAGCCAUGCUCGGCAUUACACUGUAGUAUAACUUACCUUGUCCCUACGAGCCCCUGGUGUAAAGAAAUACACACAAUACAUUAUAAAAACAAUGUACCACUUUACCAUUAAAAAAUACUGACAUAAUCAGACCGCCAGUAAGGUUAAAGGAACAUUACAAGCAUCAUAACCCUACAGCAUCCUGUUGUUAUUACUGUGCCAGGAGUGCCUUGGUGCCUCCAAUGUAAGCAGUCAAACUGUUUGCUUAUGGUUUCACUUCUUACAUGGGGUCUGCCAAGCACCAGUUACUGCCUCUAUGGAGACCCAGAAGCUUCUGCAUGGAGCUUCCGUUAGCGCUCCUUGGCUAAACCUUUUUUGUGUAUGACUAACUCAUUGACUGGGAGUGACAACUGAUCUCUGUAAGCCAAUAAGCUAAGCACUGCAAUGUCAUGCUUAGCUCAGAGCAGAGAGCUUUUGGCUGGCAGUGAGGCCAUGACUGGUGCCUGACGGACCCGAGCUAAGAAGUCAAACCAGUGAAAUCUCUGUAAUUAGACAUGUGUAUUUGAUAUUUUAUUUGUAAGCCUCAUAAAUAUCACACAUUCCAAUAUGCAAAGUGUUUCUGAAAUGUUCCUUAUUUGUUAUUCUCCAAGGUGGGUCUCCAAAAUGUGUUACUCCAUGUAAAACUCUUUAGUGCCUUAUUGCAUCUGGCUAUCGACUCUGCUGGUGAAUAGAAGGAUUCUGGUGUUUUCGCUGUUUCAGCAUCUUUUGGGGCAAGUAUGAAGGGCUCUUGCAAUGAUGCAUGUGUGCGUUGGUGGAGGGGAAUGAAUUUGUUUCUUCUGGCUGGAUAAAUUACUCACAUAAAAGCUUUUCCUCAUUUCUUACCUAAUCUAUGCCUAAUCUUUUUCAAAUAAGGGUCCUUGGUCAAUUUCUGGAGGUAAAUAAUCACUAUGAAUAAAUAAAUUAUGUAAAAAUGUAAAGGAUAGUUUCUGAAUCACUUUUUUUUACUUUGGUAAAACUUCCAGGACCUGCCUUCAUCCGAGAAAGGUUGGAAUCUCAGAACUUUGUAAUUCAAGUGGGGAACAGACAAAAUGCAUACAUGUCUCAUGUGUUGAUAUAAUAGAAAGCAAGAGAGAGGGAAAGGGAGUUUUUAUAUAUACAUAAAUAUCUUAACCAUAAGGAUGGCUCCAUAAAUUAAGAACUGCUGAAAAUUCAUGAUUCAGACUUCGCUGCUAGUGUCAUCAGCUUUUUAUACCCAUGUAGACCUAUCCCUCUUCUUGCAGCUCUUGUGCUUUCUCAUGUUCUGCUUUGAUACCAGAGAUAUACUCACAAAAUUAGUGUAAUGUCAAGAAGAGAAAUAUAGUCAACAUUGGUUUUAGGAAAAUAGUUGUAAAAGAGAUCACAGCAUUUUAUCAAGUGAACACAGCACUAAGAUGCUGUAAACUUAUAAAACAUACAUUAAUCCACUGGGAAGGAAUUGACAAACCUCCCUUUUUUGUUGUUUUUAUGAGGAUUUGUGUACAAACACUGUGUAAUGUUGGGAAAAAAAGAUUAGCAGUUCUGAUUUGGGACUAAAGAUGUGCCACUUCAUUGCUCUACCAUCUCACUUCUUUGGAACAUAAAAGGAACCCAGUUAAAUGGCUAGGGAUAGUAUCUUGGCACAUAACAGAAAAUAAUGCAAAGGAACAUUUUAGAGUACUUGAUGGCUGACUGGUCAAUAGAACCUAUGUUUGCAUUGUUAGACAAGUGGUUGUAGGUUAUAAGUCGUUAGCUUUCACAGAAGGUGAUACUGUUGUCUGUGCAGGAGGAAGCUGGUGGGAUACUGUAAAAGGUGCCGGUAGAGGUAUGUAGUAGCUGUCAGUGGUGGAAAUGGGAAAAGCAUUGGUGGAACAAAGUUCCAUACUUAGUUCCCCCAAGGAAUCACAGUGACUUGAAAAAUCCAAAGCAUUCACAGUUAUAACUAACAAGUGGUUCAGAGGACCAGGAAAUAAAUGAUACAGCAUUUAAAUGUAGCACCCCCUUUUUCUUCUUGAACAGUUUGUCAAAAAAGAGAGUAUUUGAGAUUCGGUGGAAGCUGCAGGAGCGCAAACUCUGAAUAAACCUCCUACAAGUUUUACAUUUACUGCUCCCCAACAUCCGACUCACAAUGGGCUGUUCACUCAGUACCAAAACAUUCCAACCCUCCAUGCCUCUCAGUUACCUUGUGGCGCCAAUGAGUGCAACCUAUUGACUCAGUCGGAAAAAGAGCACGCAUAUGAGCCAUCAACAGACCGUGUUAUUGUAAUAUUGAUUGUUAUGGAGAGAAGGAAGUAGAGUGGGUCUAGAGAUUUCAUUGCUGACCUUGGAGUAUGAUGCAGGUUUCGCAGGUUCUAUGACAAGGCAACAUGUGCAGCUUGCAGGAGGAUUGUUUGCAUACACAAGGCAGGAACCUCAGGGGUCUGCAUAGGCAUUGGCGCUUGGAAUUACCUCACACAUGUUGGAAAGCAGGCCCCAACCUGGCAUGCAGUAAUGUACAACCUGUAUCCUUUUACUCCAGUCAGUGUGGUCAUGCUGGCUAUGAUCCUUGCAGUCGCUGGUGCUCCUCCUGGUCUCUUUUAAAGUAGUCCAUGGUGGAGCAACCACAAUGGAGUUCCUCUGCAAACACCCAGAUGUGUCCCCACAGGCCCCACAAGAGCAUGAAAAUGCCACCUAAAGGUAUCAAACCUGUAAACCUGGAGCUUGGUGAGAAGUCUUUGCUUAUUAUUUUCUCAAACUGUGACUUCAAAAUGCUAUGAAUGGAGCUAAGGUGGCAAACUUCCUCAUGCAGAGGCAGGUGUGCUGCAAUUAAACUUGUUGCUUUGUUCACCGGGACAUCCUGGAGAGAUUCACUGAACCUGUGGUGAAGAAGGUGAAAACAAUUAAAACUGAAGACACUCUCUUGGAAGUCACAAGAAUGGAACCACUAAUCAACCGUCCCCAUAUGGAAAAUUUGUUGGAUUUCUUAAUACUGGUGCAGGGUGCCAAAAUACUGAUGGACUGAGAAGCUUACACCCCAGAAGAUACUAAGAUGAAGGGAGGUUAUUAGGCAACUGCAGGGAUGAAAUGAGAUGUGUUAAAGAUUAAAUUUUUUAGCUCAGUUAUGUCUAUCCUGUCCUAUGACAUAGUGGAAGAGGCUUUGGAGAGGGUCAACAAUAACACCUAUGGAGAGGCUGGAGAAGUAUUCACCAGUGGCCUUCAACGUGCGCACAGUGGUUGCUGCACUGCAGGCUCAAAUUUCCUUUAUACACAACUACAAUGUGAGCCCAGUGAAACUGUAAUUCGGGGGAAAUUAAAGGGCUUUGGCUGGGAGAAUUGGCAAGUUGCCGUAGAGUACUACUCCUAGCUCGAGACAGUCUGUGUGGAAAUGGGUAAAGAUGAGUUGAUUUUCUUUUAGAUGUGGGAGUUCUUGGCAUCCUCAUUUUCUCAGAACACAAUCUUAUUACUGCUAUGAGACAGUAUGAGAAAAAGUUCAAUAUAUUCACCUUCUAUGUAAUGUUUUAUACUUUUAAAAGUAAUACUCAAGGUUCGAUUUAAAUUCAAUCAGAAUUAUACUGGAGUAUUCAAUGCAAUAGGGAAUUGACUAGGGAGCUGUAAAUGUUAUAUCAAAACAACAGAACUGGAUAACGUUUCAAUUAUGGAUAUGUUGACCUCUUAUUGUCCAUUUCCCACAGUUUCCACUUUGUGAAACCUAAUUGGUUUUACCAUCUCAUCUUUUAUAGGAUGAGGAACAGCUCAUUGCUUGUGUCAGGGCCAAAUAUCUAGGUUGUAAAUGUGAAAACAUAUUACAAAGAGGGGCAUGAUGAAAUCUAAACAUGCCUAGGUCUUGACAGUGACUUGCAAAUAAGUAGCUGUCAUUAUACCUUCUCCUGACCAGUGCUUGUUGGGUAGAUUCAAGUACAGUUGUAUACAGUACACUAGGAACUCUCCCCAAAACCCACAGUCUUCAAUAAGUCAGGCGAUGGUAGAUCGGCCUCUAGAGAUCCACAGUACAGCAUUGGGAGCGUAACUUAAAGUACCAUAGUGUAGCGAGCAUUCCACCAAGUCCCUUAAUCUACCUCACAUUGCAAGCCUGAAUUCAGUCUGCAUCCUGAUAGUAAGCCCCCCUCUCCCCUCUUGACAAACUUAAUCAUGUGCAGUUGUUACCCCCCUCUGGUCCUAUAAAACUGGUUAAGAGUUUAGGUAGCUUGUAAGAUGUAAAGGCCUAGAGCAUAUACAUGUAACGCAAAAGCCAGCAUGGGUCAUCGUCGUGUUUAGUGGGUGAGCAUACCUGAGUUAUUCGUCUGUGUGAAGUCACAGCUUUUUACGAUUCUUAGGAUCCAAUGUCAGACAAUUUCUUUAUGAGAUAGUUUAGUUUUUAAAGUUUAAUGCUAAUGAUACCUAAAUAACUUUUGUUAUGUCUUCAUUUCUAACAUUAAUUAAUUAUCUUUCUGCUAACAUGCCUGAUCAGGUCUUUCUCUGUAUAGCACAUCCCACAAUUCAUAUAUGGAUAGCAGUGUUUAUAACUUGAACUUCCACCACUGAAUUCUAGGUUCUUUUAUUCAAUUUGCCACUACAAAUUUCAUAUGUCCUGCUUGCCAUUUUCUUAUAUUUAUCCCAGCAGUCUGAGUGCAAUGAAUAUUCGUUCCGUUUUGCCUUAAAUAGCAUCACUUGUGCUUCUAUUCGUAUAAGUUUAUUUCACUGGGUUCUCUUAAUCCGCAACAUGUUAGGCUUGUUGAAAGAGCAUUUGCGGGAUUCAAAUAAAUAUGUUAAAAAUCACUGGUUAAAAAUAAGCCAAUGCACCAAAGAAACAGAGGUUGUUAGGGUUAGAGAGUUAUCAGAAUAUAGGGAUAAAUUGCACUUCUUCCAAAUGAUGUAUACACUUGAUACAGAUCUACCAGCUAUCUGCCAAGACACUCCAUAUAUAUGUUAAAAGAUAUUGCAAUUCCAUCAUAUAGAGGCAUUUCCAGGUACAUCAAACUGAGCAAAUGGUAAAACAUAAGGUUUUCUAUCCAUGGAUUUGUCACAAAACCCUGGCUCACUGUGCGAACCAUUGUCUCUGUUAUUAAGUUCUAAAAAUAAGCUUUUAUCGAUUAUACAUGUGACUGCAAUGCUUGCUUUCCAGAUGGGGUCAGAAGUGAAAUUGAAACCAGCAUCUUUGGUCAUGCGUCAACAGGAAAAAGAGCAACGAAUGUACUGGUCGCAGUCACCAACACAACAAAUAUACUGCACCCCACAGACAUUUCCACAGGUAAAUUCCAUUAUUAAACAUUUGUUUGUAGAACUCCAAAAUAUGACUUUAGACCCCCACACACAUUCUUUUAUACCAUAUAUGUUACCUUUCAUGUAUCAUUCUAAUUUCACUAUGGAGAUUGUCAGAGUGGAUUGUGUAGAUUAAUGAUGAACUGUCGUCCACCAAAAUAAUUCCCUUCUGGGGGUAUUCAUCUCGGCAUAAUUUGCAUGAGCCAUGCUCAUUAUUAAUAUAUUCAGCUCCUCUCGUGGCUCCUGACAUAUUUAAUGAGGAGUUAGAAGAAGAAAGUUGAAUUUAGCACAGGUGAGUUCCUUAUUUUGAGUUUGCUAGAAGUUAAAACUUCAUGUAGUGAAGGUAAAACUUAUACAGCAAGUCUCCAUCAAUAACCUGCAUUCACACCUCACAAACAUUCCCAUUGUGUAAUACAGAGCACAUUUACUUUUUAAAAAAAUGUUCUUUAAAAAAAAAGUCAUAAUUAAAUACCCAGGAAGUUUUUUUUUUGUUUGUUUGUUUUUUUAUUAUUUAUUUUAAAUACUUCUAAAACUUGAUGAGCAUGUGCUGUUAAUUUAGGAUGGAUGGAUGGAUGCAUGUUAGUGAAUCUCAAGUGACGUACAAAUAACAUGUGCAAAGUCCACUUACUCAGAAAAUGGAAUACAAUGACUAAAGCCAUUUUGCAAGACAUAGACCAUUUUUAUUCGAGCAAGAUGUUUUGCGGUUUAGCUGCUGGAUGAAGACAAGAACCACAUUUAAUAUAAGAAAUAGUACAUUUCACUGGACUUUGGUCUCUUUUUGACUUCCCCUGUGGUUUGUGAGUGCAGUAAUGGUCAGCUAGCCAUGGACAUCAGUCAGAUCUUUCAGCAUCAUAGUAUAUAUAGCCCACACUAUGUGUAGUAGCAAAGUUUGACCAUCAGAUUUUCUAGUGGAGACUUUGUGUACAUCUUUAGCCAGUUUGUGAUGAGCUGAUACUGUAAUGGUCAAGGUAAUCAGGUAUUUAUUGACAGUUGUGCAUCCUCAGAUCAUUUUUGAAGAUACAUCCCAGUGGCUAUGUAAUUGGAAAUGUUGGGAACAUGGGAUAGUUUGUUCAUUUGGGUGGAACCUCUCGACAAUCUAUCUUUUCAUACCUGUUGUUCUCUCAGACUAAAUGCUGUCAUCUUGUUCCAGAUGCAAAAUUCAAUAUUGUACGUAUCUGGAAGUAAUAUUCUUCAAAUUAUAUCUUUUAAUGAGUGGGAAAAAAACAGAGAGCCACCCAUUCUGCUAGAUCAGUGCCAGUUGUAUUACAGCAUGUUGGCAUAAUUCUUUGAUACUGUAGCAAACAAAACAUGCCUUAGGAUUAGGAAUAACAUGGACUAGUUGGGACAUGCUCUCCUAUAAUGUUACCAGUAUCUAUCCACCUGCAGACUGGCAGCUUGACAAACCUAGUCGUACACACCCCCCUUCACAAGCCUUGAGGAGGUUUCUCCAGUAAUGUGUGUAGCUGCCAUGCUGUAAAGGCUAUGUAUUGAUGUGUUUAAAUUACAUGUGUGCGAAGGCUUCAUGAUAAAAUGAUUUUCAAUGCGAGGUUUUUUAUUGACUAUUAUUUAAUAUCAAUACGUUGGAGACAACUAUGCAAUAGGACAGUGUUAGUUAGAAGUCUAGAAGCUACGUAGUUAGAGAUUUAAGCAAUUUUCAUCAGAGCAAAGAAUCAAAGUACCGCCCACAUAGAUCUUACUUUUUUUUUAAUUAACUAUAAUUUUGUAAUUUUUACUUUUUAAUUAUUUAUCUUUUAGUUGAGUUUGCGUUUAAAUUGUCGCUCAAGGUUUAAUUAUAUUAUAAAAUAAUUUCUAAUUUAAUAUUUUGGAUGCCUACCUUCAAGGCAUUGCAGAUCAUACCCUAAAGACAGCUACCCCCUAACCCAUGCUGCCAUGAUCUUCCCUCAAGCCCAAGUUCUCCCUGCAGCCUGAUCCUCCUUUCUUGACACCACUUCCCCUCACUGCAGGGAAUGGGAUGUCUCGAAGGCCAGACUGAGGGAGACCUUUGUGGGUCAUGGGGGUUGCGUGCUGCCAUUUGGUCAUUUGUCUGUCGUGUUGUCAGCACGCUGUGCAUGCAGAUGAUGUAUGCAUUUUGUGCACAGAUCUGACAUCUGAGAUCUGGUCUGCUAAUAAACCCAGUGAAUUUACACUUCCAACAGCAAAGCGCUUUAUCUCUUAGUGAUUUUGAAAUGCUGCAUACAGACUCCAAGCACCAUGGGCACUUUAAGUCACUGAAGUGUUCAUGGUGCAAGGAGUAAACCUUUAACCUUAAGCACCAAGCCGCCCUAACUUUUUAUAACAUCUAUAAUAACUCUGGGUACAUCAUCUACACAACUUCACUAUAAGAACACUGCACUUCUAUUAAAGAGGCGCCAUUUACUUGUUAAUCAAAAACUGCUCAACAUUAGCUCUCUUAAUUUUGUAGUCAACUUUUUAAAUACAUAUUGACAGACAGGCAGAUGUGCAUUUAUAUAUGAACACAAAACAAAAGAAAGUCUGGCAGGGUAGCAGACAGCCAGAUUGACAGACAGGAGAUGGAUAGCUCUUCGAAAUAUGUGAAAAUAAACGACAUCUGAAACUUAAAUUAGACUCGGUUCAAAGGGAGUACAUCACAGUUUAUUUCUUCUACAGUCCCUUAAAAAAAAAAAUAGCAGCCAUUUUAUGAGGGUCGUCUCUCCAUUCGUAAUUACAUCUAACAUGCUACAGCAUGUUUAAAUAUUGUCUUAUACUGAUUUAUGUAAAUACAAAUUUCAGGUGACAGGUACUCUAAUAAAAUGGUAAAUGGCUCAUCACAGAUCAUUAAAAACAAUAUAUAUGUAUUAAUAAAAAAAAAAAUAACUCUGUCAUUGAGAACAGGAAUACUGUAAACAUUUUUUUAAUAAAUAAUGAAAAUUUUAAGUUACAUUUUUGCAAUUAAUAUUUUUAUUACAGACUCUUAAAUUUCCAGCUAAUUUCAAUAUACAGCUGAGUAACAUUAAGGAUUGUAUAUAUGAAUCACCGUAAGCUGAACUGGCACAGAUAACAUCUAAUUUUUUGAAAGGAAAAUAAAAUAAAAAGAUAAUAAAGUAAAUUAAAAGAAUAUACAGCCUCUGGCGCUGCCAAAAGAUCAACUUAGCAGGUUCACCAAUUGCCUCCCCUGGCCACAAGCCCACUCACCCUCCUAAAACUGAAGUGUCCCUCUUUGUCUAUUUAAAAUGUUGAGCGGUAUGCACUCAGAAUCCCUAUACUAAGAGUGAAAAUGCUUUAAAUUGGUAUUCUGCCAAGGGGCCAGGUGGGGAUUUAUCACAUAGAUUGCAACUAUUAUCUAACUAUACAGUGCAUUCUGGUGCAGCAUGCCACAUCAUCGUUUAGGGCAAAUUUCUUUGCAUGGUUAUCUUUUGACAUAGGAGACAGCUUUUUUUUUUUUUAUGUACAUAAAGCUCAUAGAUCCAAUACCUUAAGGACCCACAGCCCAAAUGCAAAUCCACACAGAGUGUGACUAACAAACUACUUUCAAUCACUAUUGUACUGUGUGGCUUAUGCCCACGUUAUAGUAUGUUGUCCCUGAAGCACAAGCUGUAGGUAGCCUUAGAAGGAAAAGCAAGGAGAGAGAAGGUUAGUUCGGGAGAGGGCAUCAUUUAGCUAUGAGUAAAUCUGGGAAUGUAAAAGUUGCAUUUGCCUGAUGAAAUUAAUAAUUAGGGAAAAUUUGAACAGAAAGGUGAUUGUCUCAUCCACGAAACUUGGACCAGAUGGAAAUAGGGUUCUGUUUGCUAUUCUAGAGGUGUAACCUGUCAAGGAACUAGUUCUAGCAAUCAGGUGAGUUUACAAACAUGGCUAUUCAGUUUUUGCUCAAUAUGAUGAUCUUUACUCAUCACAACUCAUUAAAUAAAUAAAAAAAGCAAAUCAUAGCUGGUUUUAAGAAACACAUUUAACAACGUUGAACUUUGUAUAAGUACGAGGAUCAUCAUAUAGGGGGUUUUCUUGGUUUGUGAUCGAGUGAAUAAUGAUGAAAACGUGAAAUCCCAUCACCCUUUAGGUAAGUAUAUAUACAAAUGUAAUUUGCUGAAAUGUGUCCCAAUCGAACAUUAGGAAUUACCUUUUACAUGUGUUCGGCAUAAUUACAUACAAGAUAAUAAAAUAUAUGCUCAGAUUACUAAUUUAAGAAAAGACCUUACAAGUACUGUCAAGUUCAUGGAAUACCUGCCUUUCCUUUUGAACUGUGUAUCAAAUAGGGGGAAGUUUACAAGCAUGUGAAACAUCUCUGAUUAAUAUUGUCAGUGAUUCAUUAAUGCAUGUCUGAAAUUUGUUCGGAAUGUAAGUUUCAAAUUGGUUAUAGUUUAUUAUGUGUUUGUUGGAUGACGUUAUAUAUUUAUAAGAAUGAGAAUUAAAAUGAAUAACAGGUCAGUUUUUAGAACAUAUCAAUGUUAGGUGACUAUUCUGUUGACAAACUCUUUUGAUAGCACCCUGCACUCUCAUAUGGGGAACCCCCAAAAAAUAUGCUACUGAUGAUUAUAGCUAAAAUUGCAAAAUGUUUUCCUGCAUUUAACAGGCCACUCCACUGUCCAAAUACAAAAAUGUUUGUAUGAAAACAGGCAUGCAUUUAAUUAUUCACUGUAUGGAGGAAUAUCUAAAAACAUAUUGCGAGUCAUUCCAAGAACUCCCCGCCAAGACUUUCUGUGACUGUCCAAUUGGAGACAUCCAAACGCAGUUCAAUGAGAAGUCUUUGCAAAGCGGGAGCUCUAAGCAAUUCUUGCCUCUUAAGUUUAGCUCCACUGAGCUUAACAUCCAGAAGAAUAACAGGACCUGUUGUCUGAUUCACAGUUCGUGGGUGUAACAAGGUUGAUUUAUAAAUCUGCCAAUUUCAGUUGAAAUCUACUUGUAAAAUAAAAAAUAGGACACACUCUUCACACAUUAAACACUUUACGUAAGUAGCUUUACUUAGUCUGGUUUCUUUUCGGGCCACAAACGAGGACCAAGGUAAGUAACACUACAGCACGUCAGCAUACUAAAAUGCUUUAGGUGUCCAGAGUAAUAAUUGCAGUAUGUCCACUUCUAUGAGCAAAUCUCUGACCUGCCAAUAUACCAAAGAAAUAGGUCAACUAGUGUCAGAAAUUUAAUUGUUCAGGUUCCUUUAAUACCAAACUCAAGUGGAUUUCUGCCAAGGGGAACUGGGGGAACACUGCCCACAGGGCCACUGUUAUAGAGGAGCUGUGGGCAUAAGCCACACAGUACAAAAGUGAUUGAAAGUAGCUUGUUAGUCACAAACUCUGUGUGGAUUUGCAUUUGGAAGCUUUAUGUACUUAAAAAAAAAAAGCUGUCUCCUACGUCAAAAGUUACCAGCCCUCCCCUGCCAUGACCUAUUAACUUUUUAAGGAUGGAGGAAAUUGUCUAACAUAUGAACCAAAACAAAACCUAGGAUUUGUGCUCUGUGUUUGUUCCACUGUAAUUUCUUUGAGUGCUCUUAUGCAUGGUAUAUGUUGUUUUUUUAAUUGACACCUCCCCUCACACUGUCACAUCCCCAUAUAUUGUCAUCCGUCACCACACUGUCAUCUCCCCUCCACACUUUCAGCCCCUUCAUGCAUCCACACUCACAUUAAUCCCUCCUAAUCCUGUUAAUCGCACCCCCUCCAAACUUACCUGUCCUCGCUAUGCCCCCUUCACCUGUUAAAUUAACCCCCCAUAAUUCUGUCACACUCACCUUCUCUCAUUCUGUCACACUCUACCCCCAACCCUGCCACACUUAUCCCAUCACAUUAAUGCCUCUACUCCUGUCACACUCACCCGGUCACAUUAACCCCCAUUAACCAUGCCACAUUCACCCUUCACCCCAGAACUGUGAUACUCACCCCACCCCAACUCUGCCACACUUACCCUGUCACAUUAACCCAUCCAAUUCUGUCAUACUCAUCCUUCCUACCAUGCCAUUAUUGCCCUGACAAACUUACCUCCUCUCGCCCUGUCACACUCCCUCAUCAAACCAUGUCAUACUCGCCCUCCCUCAUUCUCUCUCACAACCCCCCACCCUGUCCCAUUUGCCUCCUUCGUCCUUUUCGAUAACCCCUUCACACCAGUACUUAUUUAUACACGACUGCAAGACUAUGCUACCAUACCCCACAAUUGUGUAUGAACGAUUGGCAUAAUUGCAAAUUACAUUUAUUUAACCAGUAUUUAUUUAACCAGUAUUAAGUUGUACAUUUGCACACACAUAUAUAUAUCAUUGAAAACUGGUGAGCAACUUUUGGAUGGAAUUCCAUAACACCUACAAUUACAUUUUCCACUUUAAACUAUGGCACAGUUUACCACAUAGUGUAAAGGAUGUAUAACAUUCCCUGUAUGAGUGUGAACUUGUCAACAGACAAACCCACAGAAGCAUAAAUAAAUAAGUAAGGAAAAAUACCAAAAAAACAGGUGUCCAUUUUGGAUUAGGCUCAGUGCAACACUGGGGGGGGCAGAUUGUCUGGGAUAAAUGUGGUGCAGACCAUGAUGUAUCCUAAAUUAGAGCAUACUGAGGAGUCCCUUAUGUCAGUGGCUAGUUGGAAUUAGGUCCCAGAAAGUAAUUAUAGAUAGGUCAAUGGGGUGAGAAACUCACUGUUGGGUAGAAUGGCUGCCUCGAGCUCUGCUGGGUGGCCUGAGCCAUUUAAUCAAUAGUGAAGAGUCCAGAUCCUCAAGACCCACAAUUUGGGGAGGCCUGUAUAUUCACCAUCAUCAACUGCAUACGUUUGUCUGCUAUCACGAAGGAUAUAUUAUACUUUGUUGACCUUUUUAAAGUAUCACCCUUGCUGCACUUAUUAAGUGUAUUUGCUUGACUAACGUGGUAUCGCUUACUAACUACACACGUUUCACAAAAUCCAUUAUGACUGCCUUUAUUUUGGAGUAUUAUUCCCCUUUGAGCAACAAAGAAAAGGCCCAUCUGCGUGUCUGUCAAGCAUAUCCAAUCCUCUUCCACAUAACUCAUUUGAUUUAUUGCACUUCUACAAUAAUAUCUCAUGUGUGGACAUACAAAUGAGCUCUCCAGUGGUGUCACUUUUAGCAUCUGUGAAAUAUCCAGUAACAUUCUUUGUCUUCUAAACGGAAACAGUGUCUAAAUGUAUGUCAUGUUAUCCAUUAAUUAUUCGCUCAGCGAAUCCUGUUUCCAGUUCUGAAAAUAGGUGUUCAAUAAUUAUGCAGUCACCAGGACUGUAAGAAUAACCGUGUAUAUUUGUAAAAACAUAUUUGAGCUCUAGCAGCACUUCUGAAAAAUUAAUAUAUAUUUUUUAAUAUUAAUUCAAAAUACAAACAGAUGUAUCCUAUUCGUCUACAAAUAUUUUUUAUGUGUCAUACUUGUGUCUUGUGGCAACUAAAUUACACAUCAGCCAAAAUCCUAAACAUUGUGCUUCUCAAAUGUUUAACCAAUGUACCUGUUUUAAUCAUAUACAACUGGAGAUUAAAAUAAAGGGUUAUGUUUAGCCUUAAGUGGGUAAUAAGAUCAAUGAAAUGCAUGUUUAUUUUUCCAGCUCUACCAAUCCCACAGUUCAGAUCAUAAAACUUCUAUUUGUAGAAUUCUGCAGAGCCAUGUUCUUGUUAAAGUUUGUGGGUACCUAACUCGGCUAAAUUCAUUAAACUAUAUGUAAAUCAUUUUCUGCGCAUUUUACUUGCCAUAUUGCUCCCACAGUGUCUGAUUGUAUGAAUACUUUUCCUGCAACUGCUAAUUUUUGCAGCAAUAGUGCAGUGAAUUCUCAGAUAUUGCAGAGGAUGGAUAUUUUAUAAAAAUAAUGAUGGGUUCACAGAAUAAGCAAAAUCAUUUAUCUAAUAUCAACAUAUUCACCUGAAGUGCCAUUAAGGGGACACUAAAUGCACCAAAACCACCUCAUCUCAAUGGAAUUGCCUGAGUGCCAUAUCCCCCCCGUUUUAAACAUGCAGAUGAAAACAUUGCCGUUUCUGCAGAAUGACAAUGUUUUCAUUGCAGGAUUUAAAUGUCUCUAGUGGCUAUCACACAUACGGCCACUAGAGGCACUACUAACAGCAGAAUCUAAAUCUGUCCAGCUGUCCAGUGAUUUUAUUUCCAGUGAUUUAUUUAGUGAUUUCCAGUGGACUUUUAUUCAGUUAAAACAAACCAUAAAAAGAAAAAUCUCAUUCCAGAUUGUACAAUUUAUCUUUAAUGUUUUACUCAUCUGACAACCUUAAACUCUGAGGAAAAGUAAAAUAAACCAUUUUCUGUCAAUACAGUGCCAAUUUGUAUUUGUUAGCAGCUUAGUUGCACACUUUGUUUACAAACACCUCUUCAUCACUUUAAGCAUUUAUGGUUUAACUUUGAAUCCUCAGAAUUGUGGCUAAUGCAGCUAAGCUGCUAAGUCAUAGUUAUGGAAAAUGGCAGGGUAAACCCUUUCAAUGUAUGGGCAGAAAAAAUAUAUAUAUAUAUAUGUUGAGCUAGGAGUAAGCAUUAUAAACUUGAGUUGAUUAACUUGUGCCAUGUCAGAAGGCGUGAAAAGUUUUUGCCCCAAAUACACUGAACUGAACUUCUCCGGGUGAGAAUAGAACCUUCCAUUUCCUGUUCACUCGCGGACAGAAGAGGCCGGGAAUGUCUGUACUCGCGAGUGUACUUAAAGUGAGUGUAUGUAAAGCGAGGCAUGCCUGUAUAUAUACAGUCAGACAGAAGAAUAUAUAUAUACAGACAGACAGAAGAAGAGAUACAAUUUUUCAGAAUACAAGUAUUUCUUAACAAAAUAUAAAGAAAAGUAAAGCACAUUUAUCACCUGCCUGUUAUAAAAACAGUGAAAUUCGCUGUUACCAAACUAAUGCAAUCUGUUUGGUGAUGAUUGUAUAUCUUCCUGUUUAUUACACAUCAUGAAAGCAGAAAGCUAGUCACAUCGGAUAUUCCCACCUCCAAUAAAACCAUAAAGUGCUGUCACACUUUGGAACUUAAAAGGAGGACCUUGUAACUAAUCAUUAUCUGCAAAGAAAGUAUAUUUUCAAUUGUGUUUCAUAAUAAUCCCCAGUGUCCACACCUUGCCUUGAACCUUUCAAGAUGAGGUAAAUACGUUUAUUUAUUAGGGUUUAACAUUGCCACCUUCUUUUUGUCCUAAAAUAGACACCUUUAUAGUCUUCAAACAAAUAGGUUUACUUUGAAAACAGCCAAGGCAAUAAUGGUUUAUACUAAAAGGCUAGGGUGACUAACAAAAGAGUUAUUUUGUGUGGGUAUUUUAUUUUGUGUGGGUAUUUUAUUGUGAGUAUUUAUUUGUGUGGGUAUUUUAUUUUGUGUGGGUAUUAAUUUUGUGUGGUGAUUUUAGUGUGGGUUUUUUAUUUUGUGUGGGUAUUUUAUUUUGUGUGGGUAUUAAUUUUGUGUGGGUAUUUUAGUGUGGGUAUUUUAGUGUGGGUAUUAAUUUUGUGUGGUGAUUUUAGUGUGGGUUUUUUAUUUUGUGUGGGUAUUUUAUUUUGUGUGGGUAUUAAUUUUGUGUGGGUAUUUUAGUGUGGGUAUUUUAGUGUGGGUAUUAAUUUUGUGUGGUGAUUUUAGUGUGGGUUUUUUAUUUUGUGUGGGUAUUUUAUUUUGUGUGGGUAUUAAUUUUGUGUGGGUAUUUUAGUGUGGGUAUUUUAGUGUGGGUAUUAAUUUUGUGUGGUGAUUUUAGUGUGGGUUUUUUAUUUUGUGUGGGUAUUUUAUUUUGUGUGGGUAUUAAUUUUGUGUGGGUAUUUUAGUGUGGGUAUUUUAGUGUGGGUAUUAAUUUUGUGUGGUGAUUUUAGUGUGGUUUUUUUUAUUUUGUGUGGGUAUUUAUAUUAUUUAUUAUAUACUAUUUACUUUAGUUAUUUUCCCCAGUGUUCCAUAUCUAUACCUAACAAUUUGAAGUAUUGCAUUUUUUAUUGUGGUAGUAUUGUCGAGAUGUUGUAUUUAUUAUUUAUAAAUCUUUCCUGUAUAAAAGUGUUUGCCAGCAUGAAAGGAUGGUGUGUUUCCUAUAAAUUAUGCAAUCUGGUGAGAUUUAUUAAAUUGUAUAAUGCAAGAAAAAAAAAAAGCCAAACUGAAUUUAAUCUCUAAUUUCACAAAAUGAUUUGUGAGGGACAGGUUUUUUGUAAAAUCUGUAAAGUCCCCAAACAGUGACAGUGACGUUUUUAUGAAGAGUGGCAAUCAAUAUACUAAUAUAUAUAUAUAUAUAUACAUGCACACAUAUACUGGUAAUUUUCAAUUUUCACGUGAUUAACCUAUAGAUCUCAUUUUUGUUGGUGUACAUACAAUGUGUGAAUGUACAUACGUUUUGUAGAAAUACUGGCCAGCAGUGUAACUUAAAAAAAAAAAAGAGAAACAAAAAUACAAAUAAUGGUACAGUAUGUAUGAACGAUAUAAUUCCACAAGAACAAAGGUGUUAUAUUCACACUCACACUUUGAGGAGCUAUAUCAGCUCGGUGUUAAGAGCCUGGACGGAAUAAUCCCCGUCUAUGGAUUUCUUGAGGUUCAAGACCGUUGGUGAAUUUAUAGGUGUAAAUAUUCGUUACAUGAAAAACAAGAGUAAAAUACACCACAUGGUAUAGUACGUAAAUAUAAAAUAUUGUGAAAAAAAGUGGAUGAUCCUACUUACAUAUACUAGAGCAACGACCUGCUCUAGUUUGGAGAAUUUCAGGUGGAAUAAUCCCCACCUUGGGAUAUAGUGGACCCAGGUAUAGCAGCAAAGCAGUAUUGGAUAGGAAGGAGGACAAAAAGGAAUGACUGGAUAGUUUAAAAAAUAUAUAUACUUUAAUACAAUAAGUAAAAAGUGAAUAAUAAACUAUAAAACCAGUCCUGUUUAAAAGUCCAAAAUUCUUCCUCACUUGACGCGUUUCGCCGAAGCUUUCUCAAAAGUGAAUGCAUUCACUUUUGAGAAAGCUUCGGCGAAACGCGUCAAGUGAGGAAGAAUUUUGGACUUUUAAACAGGACUGGUUUUAUAGUUUAUUAUUCACUUUUUACUUAUUGUAUUAAAGUAUAUAUAUUUUUUAAACUAUCCAGUCAUUCCUUUUGUCCUCCUUCCUAUCCAAUACUGCUUUGCUGCUAUACCUGGGUCCACUAUAUCCCAAGGUGGGGAUUAUUCCACCUGAAAUUCUCCAAACUAGAGCAGGUCGUUGCUCUAGUAUAUGUAAGUAGGAUCAUCCACUUUUUUUUCACAAUAUUUUAUAUUUACGUACUAUACCAUGUGGUGUAUUUUACUCUUGUUUUUCAUGUAACGAAUAUUUACACCUAUAAAUUCACCAACGGUCUUGAACCUCAAGAAAUCCAUAGACGGGGAUUAUUCCGUCCAGGCUCUUAACACCGAGCUGAUAUAGCUCCUCAAAGUGUGAGUGUGAAUAUAACACCUUUGUUCUUGUGGAAUUAUAUCGUUCAUACAUACUGUACCAUUAUUUGUGUUUUUGUUUCUCUUUUUUUUUUUUUAAGUUACACUGCUGGCCAGUAUUUCUACAAAACGUAUGUACAUUUUCUGAUUUUUAGCGCUGUUCACCUUUCUAUUUUAUCUGUCUAUUUAUCACAAGGUAGAGGAACACCUUGUUGGUGAACUGCUGCUCACCCCUGAGAAGAGAGCGCUUAUUAUUCUUUUGCAUUACAUACAAUGUGUAGUGCGACACAAGAAGUGAGAGGAAGAUGAUUUGUUAAUUAUAUUAUCAUUAUUUCUGCUCCACAACUUUUAGUUCAGAUGGAUAAUACACCUGUUUUUAUUUUGUGUUCUAGUACCCUACAGGGGGAAGCUAUCCCGUGACAUACAUUUCCACAUCGCAUUAUCCUUACCAAAGGAUUGCACCCCAAGCCGGCCUGGAGUCACAGCAGCCUCUUUACCCCAAACCCAUCUAUUCCUACAGGUUCGUAAGAUGAAUUAGCACUGAAUGAAUGAGUCCUCCCAAGUCCUUAUAUUAAUAAUGCACAAUUUCAUAUUAAAACAUGCUGUUUUCCUAUGAAAGGUACUCAAGUGCACCCAAAUAGCCUCUUCAAUAUGCCUUGUUUUAAUGAUAAAUGUAUCAAAAAUAUCAAAUGUUUUGCACCAACAAAUUAUAAAAGAAAACAACACAGUAGUGCUAAAGUGGUGAAUAUUAAUGUUGGCACUGUAGAUGUAGUGACUUGCAUUUCCCAUGAUGCUCAGCCAGCGUAAAUGAUCUAAAGAGUGUCAUAUACAAAUGUAUUUUGCUGACAUCUCCAGUGUUGGUUGUCAUUGUAUAUUACAUAUUGUGUUGGUGAAUGCUGAAGGAUGUGCAGAACUACCAUUCAGCCAUAUUAUUUUUUUUCAUUGGUAGAAUUUAUGUAUUUUUCAACAAUAUAAACCAAAACGGAAAAGUCCUAUAUCAGUAGAGUAGAUAAAUAUUUAGGGUUCAAUACAUAAUACGUCCUAACAACAUCCACCAUAAGUGACCUUGCUACAUUUUGAAGCCUUCAGGUUUAUGUUAUUUCUUAAGACCCAAACAAGUGAAAAUGUUGCCAAGUAAUAAAUGCUUCUUAACAAAAAAUGAUUGAAGGCUUCUAAUUUAUCUUGUAAACAUUUGGUAACUGUAGGUGCAGAUCCCUGGCCAAUGUCUGUUGUGAGUGCCUCUCUAUGGAAACGCAUCUAUAUCAGUAGAGGGCUUGCAAUUAUACGCCUGUUUUGGAACAGAAAGUUCCAAAAUAUCAUGCUGUUCCAGAUGGUUUUCAGGGUUUUAUGUGAAACUCUAACAGGGUUUCUAUUUACUAAAGUGAGAAUCCAAAGCAAAUUUAAAGUGAAUUUCAUAUUUAAGUACAAAUUUGCCAAAGUAGAAAAUUUUAAGUUAGCGAUACUUACAGUUUUGCUACUCUGCUCUAGAUAGGAAAUGAAAUUUGAAUUCUCAUUCCAGAAAAUAUUCCCUGCAAGUAAAUACAUCCUGGCUGAUCAUAUCCAUGAAAUCUUAAGAGUGUCUCCCAUGUCUACCCACAUUUAUUGUCUUUUACUAACCAAAAUUAAUUGGAAAUGCAGAAAUCCAAAAUCUCAGUUUCACCCAACAAUUAAUGUGAAUCAGGAUUUGGUUUUGUAUUCUAUUGCAGCUAUGUUGAAUUUGGUUAGUGAUCUUUUAGUUAAAUAAAGGAAGAAUGAUCUUUCAGGUAAAUAAAGAAAGAAUGAAAGUGUUGACACUUUUCUUUCCGUCACUAAAUUGAGUUGGUGUUCUGAGUGUGACUGGAGUAUCCUUGUAAGUUAAAAAAAAAAAAAGGAAAAAGAGGGAUGAAACAGCGCUAAAUAACUAAGGGGCAGGCAGCACACCUAGACGGGUAAAUUCUCUCCUAAAAACCCAACAGAAAUGGGUUGUAAGUAAGUUACCAACAUGACGGGCUAAAUUAAUUAUUGGUUAAUCAGUUACGGUGUAGCAUUCUGGAAAGGAUGGCAACUGAGUUUUUGUCCAGCUCUAAUGGCAAGCUCGGUUCUGGAAUAUGGUCACAUCCUCAACAAGCAAUUACGAUGGCAUGUUAAAUUAAAAAACGUAUUAAUCUUUUAGGUAAAUUGUUUUAAAAUCAUUUACGUCAUGAAAAUGUCUGAUAAGUCAAAUUUGAUUGCAUUUGUAGUUACAUUAUACACAUAAUGAGAUUGUGUCCCUUUAUAUUCUUAGCAUUCUGAUAUUCAUGGCUUUGAAGAACAGCAAAACGGGGAGCCUACCUGUGAGUGAGAUUUAUAAUUUUAUGACUGAACACUUUCCUUACUUCAAGGUAAGCCACGCACGUCAUUUAUUUCUCCUAUAAAUCAUUCCAUCUAAUUUAGUCACUUAAAUCUAAUCCGUCAGAUUUUUGUGUUGAUUAAAGGUUUAGGAAAGCCUCAUGUUGAUGCAAAUACGUGUUCUGCCCCACAUCAUUUAAAAAUGAGUAUAUUCCUGAAUAUUUGUGAAAUGAUUUACCUAAUCCCUGAUACAUAGGGGUCUAAUCACUAAACAAUGAAUUACGAUGAAGAUUUUAAAAAUCUCCAACUCAGCUGUAUUGCAAAGAAUGGCUACGUUUAGUUUUGAACUUUGUUUACUGCAGGGUGGCCCAAAGGUAGAUCCCCAGACGUUUGUAGAACUACAACUCCCAUGAUGCUAUGCAUGCCUUUCAAAUGCAUUUAGAAUGGCAAAGCAUCAUGGAAGCUGUAGUUUUCAAAACAUCUGGGGAUCUUCCUUUUGGGCACCCCUGAUGUAAAACCUUACACUUGCUCUCCUUUUGAAAUCAGUAUGUGUGGGGGGUCAGUGAGAUACCCAAUAACUAAAAAAGAAAUCCGUAAUCAGAGGAGAGCAUGAAGAUAAAGCAAAAGCAGAGGAAAUCCACAAUGAUUGAAGCACAUUUUAUACAGAAACUGUGCCAUAGUGUAAUAAAAAAGCAUUUCACUUGCGAUUGCCAUGUCCUUUCCGUAUCCGGCCUGGUAUAAUUUGGGCACAAUAUGCCAUUAUAUAAGUACACUAUAGAAUUAUCUUUCAUGGUUGGCCUUUGAACGUCGCUUUAUUUAAAUUUCCAAGUAAGCUUGAUUUCUACCCCCAUUCAUACAGAGUAUACAUAGAACAGGAAUUUUUGAUUUCUUUUACUAGUGUAAUUAAAUCUUUUUUUUUCUUUGCUAAAUAUGUGCACCUCCCAGUGUUUAACGAUGUAUUAGUAGAAAUAAAAAUUCCUUGUAAUUAUCUGGGGCGUAAUGUACUUGAUAGACAGAUGAAUAUAGCUAUUACAUAGCAAGUCUCAGACGCAGCUAUACAAAGUGAGCCAUGAAAUCUGUCAUUUGUCUGAUUGACGUGACUCAAUUUCUUUGCAGGUAAGUGGGAAAAAAAUAGGUUGUUUUGUAAGUUGUCUUUGAAAGAACAUGAACUAAUCAGACAAAACAAAAUGCAUGUAACAAAUGACACUCAUUUUCAGACCGCAAAUAAAGAUCAGUCCCGGACAAAUCUUCAAAAUCUUCAUAUAGAGAAAUUCAAUCUUAGACCUGUAUCUGUUGGUGUCGUUAAUAAACAUUUUAAUAAUAUAAAAAUGAAAAACCAGUGUGGACCAGAUCAAAUCCCAGCAAUGCUGCUGAAGUUCAGUGCGCCAACAAUUGCUAAACCUGUCAGUACCCUUAUCAAUGAAACCCUGGUGUCAGGAUACAUACUAAUACUUUGGAAGACUGUGAGAGUAGUGCCUAUCCAUAAAAGUGGUGACAAUACUUUAGUAUCUAACUAUCGCCUGAUAUAAUUGCUCCCGGUAUUGUCAAAAAUCUUGCUAAAUGCAUCCACACGCAACUAUGUGAAUAUUAUCAACGAUCAAAUUAUCUGACCCCUGAUCAAUCAGGCUUUUGUCCAAAUCACUGAACUUCGACUGCCCGCUUAAAAGUUUGCAAUGACAUCCAAAUUGGCAUGGAACAAGGAGACUUAACUGGAGCUAUUUUCCUUAUUUUGCCAAGGCCUUUGACACAGUAGACCAUGGCAUUCUUUAGCAAAAACUUAAAAACUCAGGCAUUGGUGAUCGUCCUCUAACCUGGUUUCGAUGGUAUGUUUCAGACCAAUUACAAUAUGUGGCCAUUUCUGAUAGCGCUUCCCUCCCUCUUCCAGUCACGUGUGGUGUUCCCCAAGGCUCCAUAUUCGCCCCCCUGCUAUUCACAUUAUUCAUAAGGGAUCUGCCUAACGUCUGAAAAUCCUCUACUGUACACAUGUAUGCAGUAAACCCAAGCUACCGCGGCUUGAGGCUGUGCUCCAAAACCAAUUCACAGAGGUAGAAAAGUGGAUAGCAGAUAAUAAACUCUUCCUAAACACUGACAAAACCGUUACAAUGAUCUUUGGAACUGUACCUAAAUUACGUAAACUACAAAAUCAACAAUUGUGUAUCAGAACAAAUUCAAAUAGCACACUGACAGCAGUCUGCUCUAUUAAAUAUCUAGGUAUGUUGCUAGACCCCAAUCUAUCCGUUGGCCUUCACAUUGAAAAAAUCUCUUGAAAACUUUACCAAAAACUAGGUGCCCUGUACAGAAACAAAUCCUGCCUAAGUCCUACAGUAAGGAAACAGAUAGUGCAACAAAUGCUAAUGUCGGUCAUUGAUUAUGGGGAUGUAGUGUAUGCACCCACAUCGCAAACCCACCUUAAAAGAGCUAAACUGGCUGUCGUUGGAAUCCCGAUGCACUCUUCAUCUUUCCAGCCUUGUGCAUAAGAGCAUUUCUGGGAAACUCCCACCCUACCUGAGUAGAAUGAUCUCCCUGGCUGUUCCCAACUCCUAUAACCUCCGAACCAUUACUAGCACGAUAUUUAGCAUACCGCAAUACAAAAAUAAAAUGACUCAAUCCUCCUUUUCCUACAGAGCACCGCAAUUAUGGAAUAACCACAGGGAAACAGUCAAAUCUUCAUUCAAUCUAAACAAAUUUAAGAGAUUUAUGGCAAUAUACCUCUGCACAGAAUAGACCUGUCAUGGUUGAAUAUAUUUAUUACCCGUUAUGUAUUACAUUUAUAUAUGUGUGCAUGUGCAUAUAUAUUGAUAGCUUGUAUAUUGUAUUUUUGGAAUAUUGUAUCCUAUUGUAACAAAGCAAUGUUUUGUGGACCUAGGACAUACUUGAAAACGAGAAAAAUCUCAAUGUAUUAAUCCUGGUAAAAUAUUUUAUAAAUAAAUAAAUAAAUGUAGAUAUAGUGACCAUUCCCAGCAUAAUUCAUGAUUGGAUAAAAUCUGAUGGAAAUUUCAAGGGAGGCCAGAUAGACUCGGCUAGAGGACAGAGCAAUGUGGAACAAACUUCACAAAUACACAUUUUUGUAAAAUUCAGGGAUUAUGUAAACAUAAUAUUAAAAAUCCUGGGAAGUAAUACUUUUCCUUUUAAAAGUACAUUUCUGAUUCCGUACGUAUGGAGUAAGCCAUUGCAAAUGUGAUUAUGUAAGAAAAAUGUUAGUUUAUUUCAUGUAUUUAUAGUAGUUCUCAUUCUGAUAAAUCACUUCAAACCAAUCUAUAUUAUUGUUUCAUGAGAAACUGACGAGGUGUGCUCUCUUUCCCUUGUUAGACGGCUCCAGAUGGUUGGAAGAACUCAGUGCGCCACAACCUUUCCCUGAACAAGUGCUUUGAGAAAGUUGAAAACAAAUCUGGAAGUUCUUCCAGAAAAGGAUGUUUGUGGGCCCUCAACCCUGCAAAAAUCGAUAAAAUGCAAGAGGAAUUGCAGAAAUGGAAACGAAAAGAUCCCAUCACUGUGAGAAAAAGCAUGGCAAAGCCAGGUGAGUUUAGAACAAACUUAAACCUUUUCUUCUGUCUCAUAGAUCUAUGAGAAUUGACUAUUUUCCAUGUGGUCAAGUUUACAAUGUAAAUGCUGUUAAUAGAUAUUGAUGCAAUGCAAAUAGGGAGAGAUUGAAUAUUAUUAACAUAUAUCAUUCACAACAAAGUAGUUUAAUUAUUUGCAAAAUAUAAAAACCAAGGAAAAAAAGGAAAAUUGUAUUUAAGAUUUAUAUUAACAGGAACUGUCAGUUUGAAGUGAAUGGUUUGACUUCUUAUGUGGAUCUCCCUUCUUUUCUCCAUUACUGCUCAGUGGAAGUCAGAAACUCUAGUCAUUGAGCUAAGUCCGGCAGUGCAGGGAUUAGCUCAUUGGCUGAGAGUGAUCAGCUGACACUUUUAGUCAAUGCACUAUUAUAGCGAGCUGUAGCAAAAAUUGUGUUCCUUUAAACUUAAAUGAAAGAGCCCUUAUUUCAAAGUGUUAUAUCUUGCAUUUAUCAUUAUUUCUUUGGCAUACAAUGCUAUGUAUUCGUUUUUGCCAAACAACGGUGGAACUUUCAUUGACAGCUUGGGGUUUGUUAAUUGAGAUUAGACAGUCAAUAAUAGAGCUUUGUUGUAUCCCCUAUCUUAUUUCUAGAAGAUCUGGAUAAGCUAAUAGGUGAGAGAACCGAGAAACUGAGGUCUUCGCUCAUGGCUUGCAAUUCAGUAGGCCUUGUAAACUCUUCUGUUGCAAUGCAGAUGUCUAUGCAGACAACACUGUGUGAAUCCAGCAUGUCACCUUCUGUGCCCACAUCACUGCAGUCCGUCCAUGACGUGUCUGGGUCUUUACACGUUAAAAAGCAACUAACUGGUCACCAGCCGCCAUGUUAUUCUUCACUACCUCAUGGCUACCCACAGUUAUCUCCUGCAAUGAUACAGCAACCUCAUUGCCUCCCUCAAAAUCACUUCUCAUCUCAAGAUAACCAAACUGAACUGAGAGCACAGCCUAUCAACCCCCAGGACUCUCCAAUCCCUGCCCACACUCCACCUCUGCAUAACAUAAAGAUGCUGACUGAGCAUUCUCCAGCCAGAACCAUGCAAGAGCAUCUCAACGAAGGGGAACUUAGCAACGACAUUGAUGCACUCAAUCCAUCCCUUACAGACUUUGACCUUCAAGGUAAGAUUAAAAUUAUGAACAUUCUAUUCUGAAUCUUUAUAUAGCUCUAGAUAUACGCAUUCAAUAUUUUAUUUACACAUGCACAUUGUUUAUGUAUAAACCACAAAUGCACUAUAUAUAUAUAUAUAUAUAUAUAUAUAUAUCUACCUCUUCUUCAGUGCUGAUCUCCAGCAUGCUGCUCCGCCUCUUUGGCUAAGAUCAUCAAGAUUGAUGUCCUCAACCUAUCCAAUGAUUUCUUAUUGUGCAUUGUGAGGGUAGUGGCAUGCAUGGCAAAACACCACCCUCCACCAAUCUGAUGGUUUCUCUGAGAGCAUCUGAUAGAAAUCUGAUGGAAAUAUCAUCAUUAUAUUCCGCUAUUUCUGUGGAUGCACCUUUAGAGGCUGUCGAAGUGACAGUCAUUAGAGGCAUGUGAAAACACUUGCAGGCUUAAAACACAGGAUAUGGCUUCCACACCACCUCAUUGAGACGUAUAUCUAUAGUGUUCCUCUAAGGCACAUUGAUUCUUAUUUGCCCAAUAUCCAGAACAUUAUUUUCAAACAAAUAAUGAGCAAAAGUAUAUAACAUAACAUUAUACCAUUUAUUUUUAUACAAAUUAAAAAACAUUCUAAAAGGCUUGCACAACUGUUUGUGGGACCUGUCUAGGAUUUAAACCCACAUGGAAUUCAUUGUGUCUUUUCACAUUCCCUCUGGCCAGAUCUGACUCCACAGCUUGCCAAAAUUACCGGUAUAUGAAAUUAGUUCUAUCUUAAUGAUGUGUCAAACUCAAAGAGAAGCUUGAGAGAAUGAAUCGUUCAUUCAGUUCAUUCUUAUUCAUUACCACCACUUAGGGUGUAGUCCUUAUAUUUUUUGCAUCUUGUGCUGAGGUUUACACAUAUCCUAAUUGUUUAGUUACAGUUUCAAAAUCAUACAAAUUGUGGAUUACAUUCUUUACAUAAAUGAUUCCCUGAAUAUAUAAAGUCGCUUUCAACUAAAUGGUUUUAGUGUUUUAGAAUUGGAUGUGACUUUUACUUAUGCUAAAUUAAGGUUGUGGUGAAAAGGAAUGAAGUCCAAAGAAGGAUUUCACAAAAAAUAAAUAAGCAUUUCACAAAGCUUAACAAAUUAUUUCAAAUAAUCAGGUUUGGUUGGUUGUUUGUUUUUUGUCAUUUUAAUAAUUUAUGGUGCUGUUACUAAUGCUGUGGAAGAACUUCUAUUUUAAUAAUCUGGUAUAUUUGUUCCUCUUGACCAUUCAAGUCAAUUCCCUUCCUCUUGUACUAAAGUCAAUGUGGAUCAUGCACCAAAAUUGUAAGAUUAGAUAGGGGGCAAAAAAAGUAUUGUACAUAAAUCAGUUAAUCCCUCGAUUCUGACAAGUGCAAAAUUUAACAGUGAAGAAAAGUAGUACAUGACAUGAGGAUAAAAUAGGAAAAAGAAGGGGAAAUGGUGAUAGUGAGGACACAGACUAAUAGUUCUGGAAUUGUGUAUGUGAUUGUAGAUGAGUAUACGUAAAAUGAGAAGAGAUAAAAUAAUCUAUUAGUAGAAAAGAUGAAGUGUUGCACGUAGGAACUAGGAAUGUAGGAAAAGACUUAUGUAAAGUAUCACCAGCAGCCUGGGUUAUGUGGCAGGUACCAACAAUCCUUAACUCAACAAGUAGUUAUACGUUGUAAAUGAUUAAGGCCAAAGGUCCGAAAUGUUCAAUGUUUAUGUCCUUUCGCUUAAUAAACAUCCUUGGAUUUGCAAGUGCAGUGAAAGACGUUUAUUUAUCUUUAGAACAAUUGUAUAGUGUAAUAAAGUAAGACAUAUUGCAGUUACAUAUGGUGUAACUCUUACAUAUAAAUUAACAAUUCAGUGCUCAAAAAAGUGUACAUAUUUAGUGCAAUAUCUGCAUAAAGGUAUUGAUGUCAACCAUGUGUUCAUCAAUGUCAAAAUAGUUUAAUAUAGUUUAAAGAGUGGGUAAAUCUCAGUAAAAUAACUUAGUCAUCCUCACAGUUAAUAGAGCCACAAAUGACCAAGAAUCAUUGUGGAUGGACCUAUUUGUAAGGGAGCCACCGAGCUCUAGUGAGCAAGACCAGACAACAUGGACAGUCUCUUAAUUAAAACAAAGGAGUGGUGUAAUUUUGGGGUUGUAGCCAGGCAGGUGUAGGGCAGUGUUAAAUUCCCCAGAGACAGAUGGAUUUGCACAGUUUUUUUUUAUGUAUAUGCAAUAUAAAUUGUAUGGUUCUCAAAAAUAGUAAUUAGUGUAUUGUAGAUAAAUUUAGCACCUGAAAGAUUUCUCCAUCAUUUUUCAAUAAUUUACUGAUUUGCAUCCUAAUUUUAAUGAAAUUAAUAAGUAUUUCUGUUUGGAUUGACAGGGAAUCUUUGGGAGGAGUUAAAGGAUGACAGCUUGGCUUUGGAUCCAUUGAAUCUUAUUUCUUCCUCACCAACUCAACCUCCGCCGCAGUAUUACCUUCACAAUGGAAACGGCGUUGGCAACAGCGUUGACAUUAGUUCCCCUACUAGUGCUUCACAAAUGGGAUUAGGGGACAUUCAUCUAACCACUGUGUAUUCGUCUUUCAUGGAACUGGAUACUGCGAUGCCGUCAUACAUUAACACGUCUGGCUCCAAGCAUGUUGCAAUCGUGUAAACCAAAACAAAUUUCUAAAGCACCCAAUACAUUUUUCUCUCUAGACUGAACUGAAGAAAAAGCUACGUGAAGCUACAAUUCCCUAAAGCUUUCUAAAUGUUAUAAUUUACCACUUAACAAGGAACAAAUGAGUAACAGAGUGAGCAAAAUUUAGAAAUAUUGGCUUAUAUAAGUUUUUCCUCAUUAAUUCAGUUUUUGACUAUGCUGAGGAUAAAAAUAUGUACCCUCGAGGAAUUAGAUCUAUAUCACCAUUUUCACAUUUGAAUGUAGAACCAUAUGAACGAUAGAAAGGGUUAUUCACUAACGUGACCGCUCAAGAAUUUAAAGUGAAUUCAAUUAAAAUUCAAACUUAAGGCCAAAAUAGUUGAAUUUAACACAUAGUUUGGCUAUUUUGGUCUAUAAUUGAAAUUUUACUUUGAAUUUCCAACAAUUCACACUUUAGUGAACAAGCCUGGACAUAUAUUAUGUGGUAGACGUUAUGAGUUCUACUGUUAAUUAAUAAAGGAAAUAGUAACGGUUGAAAUAUUUCUUUUCCUUUAAUCUCCUUUCUUUUUACUGUAUUUUAAAGAACCACUUUUAUAAUUUGUUUAAUUUGAACAUAGCUGUCUUAAUGUGGCUUUUCCCCAUUUUAAGGGAUCACAAUUCUAUUGACAGUAUCUGAAGGUGUGAGUGGCUAGCAGGCCUAGGCCAUUAUUAUAUUAUUGUAACCUGUAAAAUGAAGGCUUACUAUUACAAAAAAAAUACCUAAUAUUAAGCAACUGUGUCAGAUGACUGAUUGUACACAGUUUAAAGAAAAUGUUCACUUUACAGUCAGUCAGUUAAUGAAAUGCAAACAUCAUGCUGACUGUAAAAGAUCAUUAAAAUAAAAUUAAUUUUGAAAUAUAAUUAAAAUCAUUUAAUUCUGUAUGUACACAUGCGUACACAGAAAUAUAACUUAUUACAAGCAAUAAGUAAUUUUUUUCUAGAAAUAAAAUUUCAAAACACAGCAGCCCAUUGUAAUCGUUUCAGCCCUGGACUUUGAGUCUAGAUAACAUCAUCGUAGUCAAAUUCAUCCUUAAUAUUAUCAACAGGAGUUCUCAAUUUUUUUUUAUUUUUUUUAAUAAAGAUUUUAUGUAUACAUGCGAAUUGCAAGCACGGAGUGAUAUUUUUUCUUUUUUUAAUGAUUCUUUGAAUUAAUAUUACAUUUCAGCCGUUACUAUUUCUGUGCUGAAAUUAACAGUACAUUACAGCAUUGGGUGAAUAAUUGCGGCAGAUUGUCCUAGUGUACGCAUAAUCGAACUCUAGUUUAAAAGAGAGAGUUCGGGACAAUCACAUCACAUGUUAGCUUUCAACGUCUAGUGUUAAUGUAUAUUUGUUACUUGUAAAUAGUUCAUUUUCUUCCAGUUUCAUCAGCUCGAAGAGGAAAACAGAAAACUUUAAAAGGAUUUACAUUUAGGAUUCAUUUGCUUUUUUUUUUAAAUGGCACAGAGGAACAAGUCACCAAUUUAAAGAUCAAUAAGAAGACAGAAAUGUAAAUUUUUGAGAAUUUCAGAGAGUCCUAAUAUAUGCAAAAGAGUCAUGCAGUUGGAACUUGCGCGCUCUUGUUUGGAACCUACAUAUUGAUACAAGGAACUCAGAAACAUUUCAGUUGUACUCAGAAUUUUUUUUUCUUUCAUUUUCAAAAAAUAUAUCCAUUAAUUUGCAUGGUAUUCAUAAAGCAGGUGUAGCGUUUAUAGGUUUUAGCUGUGCACUCCUUGCUUUUUGGUGGAUUUUCCCAUUGCACUUUUUUUCAAAAUGACAUUGUCUUCUCACAUGUCUUCAAUGUUAGGGAAUAUAAAGGAACCUGUUAUCUAUACUUGACAAUAUUAUUUCACUAUUAGAAUGCAGGCGGAGGUGGGCGGAACUCUUCCUGUGUUAUUUGCUCUGCUCUAGAACUCCCGCAAACAAACUGCAAGAAGAGGAUUCUGGGAGAUUAUCAACAGUUGGGGAAACCAGCUGUUAUUGUUGGAAAAAUAUGUAUUUUCAGUGUUAUAAAAACCGAUAUGUAUUUGAUAACACAGCAGAUAAUACAAAGUGCUAAUUCUGCCUAAUAUUAUUGUAGAUAGCAACUUUAAUUAACUGUUAAAAUUGUGAUAAACUUCAGUUUUAUUGUGUAAAUAUGUGUGACUCAAAAAGUGGAGCAUGGGCCCAAUAUUACUGACGGUAACAGAUUUCUUAAUUAUUGACUUGCUCCAUAUAUCUUUACAAAUAGAAGAUUUGGGGGGUUUUCACACUUGAUAAUACUAAAUAUUGGGAUUUAUUUGCUGAGCUGGAAUUAGUGGAGAAGUUGCAAGGAAAAUAUGAAAUGUAGGCUUAAUUCAAAGUACUGGAAAAUUCUUAGACAUGUUUAUAUUUCCAGUUUUGGCUACUGUGGCCUCAAAUUGCCAGUAGGUUCAAUGGUUCUCACAAAUAUUUCAGUUUAGUAAGUAGUAGAUAGAGACUGGUCCCUAAAUUACCUGUAUCAUAGACUGCACUCCUGUUUUAAAAGUCAGAUGUUUAGCACAAUUUAUUGCCUACUGAAUUCACUUUCAUCAAGAAAAAAAAAAAUAGCAGUACUUGAAUUGCCAGACUAAGAAUUCAUAUCCCUUUUCUAAAAUGUUCCACUAACUUAAUUUUUUUUUUUUUUUGACAUGUGUACAAAGACUUUUAAUUAAUUACUUUUACAGGCACAUCAGUGUCAUUGUCCAGAUUAACCCGGCCAAUCCACGACAUUUGCGCAUUUUAGUCACCUGACUUCAGUGCGUGAGAGUGGUUAAUCCUGAUGUGUUUUAAAGAUUUGCACUAAUUUAAAAGAUUCUAGAUUUUAAAUAUUUCACUAUAAACAGUAAAGGAACGCUAUAGUACUAGGAAUACUUAUGUCUUUUAUCCAAUCCAAUGCUCCUCAUAGAAGUGCAUUGGUGGUGAAAAGCACAUGUGCCCCAGCAUUGCACUCCUCCAAUGAAACAGGGGUUAUCUGCGAGUUUGCCUCUGUUCUCUCAGCAGAAGUGACUGUCAGGAAUAUAUCCACUAGAGGCAUGUUUAAUCCUGCAACGUAAGCAUUGCUAUAUCAACUAAACGUCAAUGUUUUACUUUGCAGCAUUAGAACUAAUGGUCUACUGCACCAAGACCACUUCAUUGAGAUGAAGAGGUCUGGGUUCCUUUAGUGAUCCUUCAAACAAUUGGAGGGAAGGGGUUAGCUUACAUUGAACAAAACAAAAACCUUCAAAAAUGAAAAUUGUAAAACAAAAUAAUUCACAGUAUCUUGUAUCUGUGUAUUAAAUUGAGAAACUGAUGUUCAUGUUUUGUUGAUGGGAGUUACUUAUUGACUAUAAAUGUAUUUUAGCUAUUAACCAAUAACAGUGCUGCCUUAUCGUUUUGCACAAUUGUUAACAGACUGAUACUUACUCAGUAUAAAAAUGAAAUAUAUUAGCAAUGUCAUCCCCAUUUCGGUAAUUGCCAAUACAUUUGUACAUAGCCCCUUUCAAUUGAUAUGGCACAAGAACCAUGUUUGACAUGGUUUGAUUUCAAAGUUUUGUAUUAUAAUAACAUUACAUUUGUAUAAAGCUUCACUAAAAUGCA